AUGAUGCUGAGGAUGCACCCGCGAUGGUGGAUUUCCCUUUUGUGCGUCUGUGGAUUGAUGCACGUCGGUCACCAGAGCAGCCCUAAUGCCCAAAAUGGUAACUGGAGCUAUUUCAGAUAUCUACUGAAUGAUCAUCGCGCAACAAUAGCGUCAAAUCUCCAUCAGUUAGUCAGAGAUUGUUUAUUUUCAUUCGUGGCAUCGUCUACAUCAUGAUCCCCAUCUAAAAUAUGCAUGUAGCCUGUAGCUGGCUCUUGUUAUCAAAGCAAACUAAGAGAAAGAGACAUUUCAGAUGGCGCUGUUUGUGCACGAUGAAGGUAUCACUCGUGUUAUAAAACCUGGUGUUUUCCUCCCUCUCUGAGCAGGAGACGCCUUGUCGAGCUUGAAGGCUCUUCGUGAUGCAGGCAGGUUCGCGGGGAAGGAGGACACGGUGCCUCUCCGCCUGCUCUACAGCAGACACAACCACAGUCAGAUCACAGAGGACGAGCUCAGCACCAGGGUUAGAGCCAGCUCCGGAUCCACGCAGGUACACCGUGUUUUCAGGAGGGGGUAUCUCUUUUUUUUUUGCACAGCUGUGGGUUGUUCUGCUUGUUGAUGUUUUGAAUUGAUUCAUUUUUCCCCUCUCUGCCCCCCCAUCCUCAGAGGGGAAAUUAAUUCUUAGUUAAUCACUAACAAAGAGGAAGAAGCUGGAAACGUUUAGGCAAGAAGAAGCUGCACUAAUGAGACAGUCAGCAGGUGCUAUUUGGGUCAUCACUGUUUUAUUUGCCAAAUGAAAAAAAAGAAAACCACCUGGCUUUGCAUAACCUACUAAAUAUUCAUCUUCUUAGUUGUCACGUUUACUUUAUCAGCACUGUACAUUUUGGAAGUCAUCUCCCACAGUCAUGUGGCUGUCAGGAUAAUACAUAAUUUAGUGAUAACUUGCAUCUUGUGUGCCCAGCUGGUUUUCUGUCCCAGCAGCAGUCUCACCUACACUAGCUCAUAUCUUAUAUCCCAUGAAGCAGCAUUUUUUCCCACUGUGUACAUGAAUGAAAAGACUAAAGGGAAGCUGUUUUAGCUCCUAACAGUUCUAUUUGUACUUGUGCUCAUGUUUAUGUCGGUGGACGUGUCCCUAGAAAUUGCUGUGAAGAAAAACUAAAGGUAAACUGCUUGAAAAGUAGAAAAACAGAGUGGUAAUACAUAUUUUUUCCACUAGAGGGUAAUGAAAAGUUUGUAUUUAUUACAGUUACAUCAUUUGUACACUAAUAGAAAUGCUGUUUAUGUCAUGAGUUAAUUCUAAAAAGUUCAACUGGUGUAUCGGUACAGGAUGUUUUAGUUUUUGGACUUAACAAUGGUUUCAAAUGAUAAUGUAAAAGCCAUUUCUCCAGUGAAAUAAUAAUCACAAUCAACACAACCGUGUUCACUGACUCAGUGUCUGCUGGGGUCAUUUCAACAGACGAGUCAAUUAGCAUCGUGCAAACCUGUCAUGCGUUUUUAAUUUGUACUGCUAAGGCUCGUGUAGGAUUGCCUAUGGAGGGACUGGAGAGUAGAGAGGGCUACAGAUGGUAGCAGGCAGGGAGGUGGCGCUUACCCUUUGUCUCUCUUACACCUCAGACAGAGCUGCAGCUUGAUGGGUAAACAAGCUAACAGGAACCAUCUGCCAUCAGAUAUAAUUUUAAUAUUUUCCUUUUGAAGUAGGUAGCUACUAGUCUCCAUCACAGGUUUGCCUGGAUUUUAAAACCAGGAGGCUAAUUCCCGCAGACUGAGGGAGACAUUUUACUUCCUGCACAGACUUUUAAGAAGAUUUGCUGAAACUAUUCAUUCCACGCCUAAACCCUCAUAUAGCCAAGAUACAGCUCUGUGUAAUUCCUGAGUUUACAGCUCAGAGGAUGUAUUAUUUUACUGAGAAUAUGUUGCUAUGUAACCUCUAAUCUUGAAAUCAACAGCAGUCUUAAAGUUCAAACUAGGUUUACAGUGUACAUCGCACAUGAGGCUUUUAUAUCUAGGGUAGGAAGGGGAGUAGACAGUCAUUGCUAUCUUUGAUUCAGUCUCUGAUGUUCAAAAUCUUCUAUCCUCCUGAGAGUUUCACAUAGUGCAAUCAGCUGUGAAGUCACUGGCACAAAGUUUGAUCAGUUAUUGGCUGUUUUUAGAUCAACAGCCUAAAAACAAAUCUGUCAAGUAGAUCUGAAUAUGUGUGACACUGGAAGUUAUUUAUAGACUUCUGUUGCUUUUCCUAUUUUCAGUCUUAGACACAAACAGCUUCUCCACUGAAUGAGCAGCAGGGAGUUCAGCGAAAGGCUCCUGUUGUUUUGGAAGAAGAAAAAAAAACAAAUGCUUAGAGUGGAAACAGUCUGAGCAUGUGUCUGUGUUGAUUUUAAACUUGCCCCCUCACAUCUGCUGCAUCUGUGUGUGUGUGUGCGUGUGUGUGUAUACAGUAGAUUGAUAGCACUUACAGUCAUACUUUCAGAGUCAUGAGUGGAAAGUCCGGCAUGCUAUAACUCAGAAAUCAAUGUUAGAAGAGUCAGUGGUGGUAUCAGAGUAUCGGCCCGGCUCAGUCAAGCCAGGAUGUGCUUUCAUUAAACACAAUUACUGGUACCUCCUCCCAUCAUAGAUUCAAUCUGCCAGAUAAGAUUUCAUCACAAUCGUGCCAUGAAAUGGGAUUGCCCUUUGUAUGUGCUUACACACACACACACACCCACCCACACAUGCCCAUUUGCUUGCUCAUACAUUCAUUGACACACUCCUACAAACAAUAGAGUCUGUGGUCAAUGGGGACCUCCUGAGCCGGGGUCGUCCUUGGGUGAGCGCAGCAGCACCUUGUCAAAUGGAAACAAAAACACUCACCCCCACCUCGUCCUCUAGUUGUCAUGCAGUGUCCGGUCUGUAAUGAAGGUGGCAGCCCGUGGGCUGAGUCUGGGGGAUGGGAGGGUGAGCCGGGAGAACCCUAAACCUGCACAGGCAUGAUUGUUGGGAGAUCGCAUUGACUCGAGGGUGUGUAAUAAAGCCUGUACCAUAUGGGCCCAGAGCCGGGAAUGACUUCAACCCCCUCCCCACUCAAAUCAAUCUCUCUCAGUAAAAGCAGAUUUCUGUUUGUAUACAUAUCAAUGCUGCAGGAUAGCAAUGUGACGAGUGAAUCUCAGCAAAUCUGCUUCUUUGUUACUCUAACAAAACCAGUCUGGUAAACAGGACUUUACUUUCACUGAGGUAAACAACAAUAAACAGUCCUAUAUUUUUAACAUACUUGUUUUGAGUGCUUUUGAAACUAUUCUUUAUAUUUAGUGCUGUGUUAGAUAUGCAAAAUAACUACAUCAACAGAAAAGAUAGACCUUGAUGGCUUAAUUAAAGCGGUCUUUACUGAUGAUUGGUGCUGAGAGCAAUACAGUCAUCCAUCAAUGUAGAUGAGGAUUGAUCCCAGAAUAUGCCAAUGAACCGAGCUGUAAUUAUGAUAAUGUAUGCAUGAAGUCAUAGUCGAAACCUGUCCUCUGUUUCUUUUCAGGUGAACCAUGUGGCCCAGGCAAGUUUUCAAGUUGACGCUUUUGGAAGAAAAUUCAUCUUGGAUGUGGAGCUGAAUCAGUGAGUCGAGCUUUUUCUAUCUGUCUGUCUUUCUUGUCCGCUCUCUUGGUUUGGUGAAAGCUAUCUGUGUCUGGUUUGCUAGCCAGUAUUCAUCACCCCUCUGUUUGUUGAUUUGGUCAUUUAUAUCUUAACUUCUGUGGGUCUAACUAUCAGCCUAGCUAGUAACUUGCUCAUAGCUGUUGACAGUCUGUCUCUCGAGCUGACCAGCUAUCAGUGUUGUUUUUCUGGCUAGCCGUCUGUUAGCUGAGCUAUUUGUCUUUGGCUAGCUGGAUCAUGGCUUUCCUCUAGGAAGCAGGCCUAGCUAUCUCUCUCUUUCUUGCGGUGGAUUCCUGAGCUUCCUACAUGUUUGUUUUGGACUUUCAUGGCUUUCUGUCUGUGGAUUUAUGUUUUAAUGGAGAAUUUUCUGCUGAGCAUCUGACUUUCUUGGAGUCACACAAUAACUUUCUUUUUGUAACGACCCAAGCAGGGCCAGAACAACACUUAGGGGCACAAAUUACACGUAAAGGAGGUCAAAUCAUGGAUAUCACCUUUUUUUCCCCUGCCUUGGUGCUGUUUAUUGCUCAAUUAUUGAAAUGCACUUUCAUGAUAUAAAAAUCUCAUACUGGAGUAUAAUGAAGUGGGCCAUUACGUGAAUGAAUGUUCAUGUAUGUAUGUGUUUUGUGUGUGUGGCUCUUCAGUUAUUGUGAGUGUGUGAUUUAGAGGUUCCAUCAUAAUAGGAAGUGAUUUAUGGUAAAGGCUGAGGCUCUGCCCUGUCAGACUCUCAUAUUGAUCACAUCUUGGCUGGUGGAAAGUAACUCUCUCACUCUGUUUCUCUCUUUCUUUCUCUCUCUCUCUGUCUGUUUGUGUCUUUUCUUUUUUCCCCAACCUUGAAGAAACACUCUUUUUAUAUCAGCCUUCCUGAGCCUGUCCUCUGUUUUGUUUCUGUUUACCUCUAACAUGCUUUGAGACCAGCUCUUAUUUGUCUCAUUUAAACCAUCAAAAAUGAAAGCUGUGAAUUUGGCAAACCCGUAAGGUGAUGCCGCCUGCUCGUCACAGCAGAAGUCACUCCCCUUUGGAGUUCGAUGUUACAUCACAGGAAUUCCCAGGUUUAGAGGCUUUGUUUCAGUAAAUCCUACAGCUCACUGUGUGACACAUUAGCCAGUCAUGGAAGUAAAUGCACAUUCAUUUCCAACAGCAUUUUCAUCUUCUAUCAUUCAUGUUUAUUUGACAUUGUAGGCACAAAGAUACUUUUCCAUCAUUUCUUGAUUCGAUGUAGAGCAAAAUAUCUGUCAGAAUAACAACUGAAAGGAAACACUCCAGUGAAGUGUUGUUUUUAGCUCAGCAGAGAGAGUGAAUUAGCCUCCAAUCAGCCGGCUCUUGGCCACCAUUUGACAUGUGUGGUUCUGAAUAAGAAUAAGAGACUGAGAUCGAGCAGGCAACAGAGAGCUGUUCUGAGUGAUGUUGAUCUGUUUUUGUCCAGAAGUCCUUGCAGGGCUGAAUCGCUGCCUACCAUUUUGCACAAGCAAAGAAAAACAAUCUGUAACAUUUUGUCAGUUAAUUAAUCUUUGUCAACCAGGAACACAAAUAAAAAGAGAAAAAACAUGGCUGCCAGGCUAACUUAUAAUGAAACAUGAUUAUAUAUUCAUGCAUUUUGACCAUUUCAGUUGAGAGGGUUUUCUACUCCUUUUGCCUUAUUGGCUAUUUUUAAAUUAUAAAACAGAUUGAACCAAAGGUUAAUUAAUAUAGUGUCAAUUUGUAACCUGCUUUAUUUUCCCUUUUUGGUUUGUUUAUUUUUUCUCUGCGCCCCACAGCAAUAGAUUUCCACUCUCAGGGUCUGCAUGCUUACACCUCAGCUCGGGUGCUACUUUUCCUUCUUGUCAUCUUUAUCAUCUACCUCACUCUUCUGUGAACUGAUCCAUCCACCUGACAGCUUCUCUGAUUUAUUUACAGGUAGCUUUCACUCCAGACAGAGUAAACCCAGCUGAUGUGUGUGUGUGGGAGGUAAUUACGUUGAAUGGACCAACGUUGUUUUAGGUUCCCUGUAACAGAACCUGUUUCCUUAUUUUGAUCAAUGAGUGACUGAGCUGCCGUACAUUUAAUUGUUUCCAUAAGCACAGGUGUGUUGUCCAGUUUUAGUUCUCAGCUGUGUCUAUAUUUAUGCAGUAUCAAAAUCCUCCUCUCCUCUUCUCUCUCUGUCUUUUUGCCUCAAGUCAUUGCUAUACCGUAGACUAUGAGUAAUAGGAGUGUAGGCGUUUGUUAUAAAGUCUUGUGAAUUUGAAGCACAUGUGUUUUUGAAACACAUGUUGGUUCUGAAAUGUAAAUGAUCUGCCAAGUGCCAUUACUUUCAGGUAUGAAAAUUUGACUUGAUUUGUGCCUGCCACACAAAUUUUCUCCUCUGCUGGAAGUGCGGAUGUGUGGAUGGCGACGUUUAAAGGACAGGCUGUCAAUGAAUCAUGCCGAUAAUUUUUGCAUAGACAGCCAUGAAAUUUUGUGUUGGCAUUCAAGGGCCUCUGCAAUCCUGCUGACCUCACUGGUUCCUCCAAGCUACCAGUUUAAACUAGUUUGGUGAUCUGCACCUCAACUUAGAAGUUAAAGGGAUACCCUGGCGUAAAAUUAAUUUAGGGUCAAACACACCAUAACACCGAGUUAGACACCCCCUUGAGAGAUGAAUGUUGCCGACUGCUUGCUUCUCUAGUUAUACCAACUUUAGUAACGACCGCAGGAUAGUAAUACACAGCGGUCUGAGGAGCCAUAAACAAACCUCAACCGAAACGCCACUUUAUAAUGCCCAGAACAGCACCUCACUUCAUCAAAAACAUCUUUUAAAUUUGCCUAAUUUCUGUAGCAAAGAGACUAAACACAACUCACCUACUCUCUUCCGACAGCCGCUUGUUUGUAGCGAGACCUCAGGCCAGUCCAUUACGGACUGCUGGGGGGGGACGCAGCUCAAGGAAGAACAUUUAUGAUCAUUACUUUGUCAUUUCCUUGAAGUUAUAAUCACCAUAUUAAUCAUUUUGCACUGCAGACGCGGUAGUUCUUCUGCCUAAGCGUCUCAGUCUGAUUGCAUUUCCAUGAAGAAAUGAUCGCUGGAAUAUCCCUUUAAGUCGCAUGCCUCAUGCACAGAGGGUAUAGUCCCUGAAGUGGGUGGCUGGGGUCAAAUCUGACCUGUGACACUCAAUUCAGUGUCAUCCUCCACUCUCCCUCACCAGUUUUCUUAUAUGUCCAACGUCCUAACCUACUGAUAAAGACGUUGAAAAGUAAAAUUUCCCUGAAACACAUCAGCCCAGAUUAUGCUAGGUAUCAUAUGUUUGGCAUUUCUGUGUACUUAUGUAGCUUUAUGUGCCCAGAGUAUUGCACGGUAGGGUUAUAUGACCAAAUAUAUGUUUUUAAAUAAAGAAAAACAACACAUUUUAAAGGCCGGAGCAAUUCUGGGUCUCUUGACUAAAACAGUCACAUGUAUAAUAUUUAUGCAUAUAUUAGUAUUUCGAUGUGUGUGCUGUAUGUGUCAGCCUUUCUAUAAACAACUUGUCAUAUUGACAGGACCCAUCCACGAGUGUGAUUGUUUAUAGAGGAAGUAGGAGUGGGAGUCACUGGGCCUUUUCUCCCCCCCACUGCCUUUGUCUCCCUCCCUGCUCCUCAAUCUCAGCGGCCAGCUACAAAUUUACCAUUCAUAGGGCCAGAGUGAGCACAAUGUGGGGGGUGGCCACACUCUUUCAUCAUCCACAUCCACAAUACACACACACACGCGCAGACACACGUCAUCUCCACCCUUGAUUGCCCCAACACCCCCCACCCCACCCCACCCACCCUCCAUUCAUCCAUAUCCCAACUACCCUCUCCCACCUGCUCUCGCUGAAUAAUGGAUGGUGCUGUAAGAUUAAAGAAGGGUGUGAACACGCAUGUGUGUCUGCAUCAGUUUCCGGCUUGUGUCGUGAAUGAGAAACCUUUGGUUUGUGUACUUGCGCAGAGUUUUUGUUUUUAUCCAAAGUCUUUCAGCUGCAGACAGGGUUAGGCAAAACAAUCAUUACCAUAAUAACAGUGAAAACAGUCCUGAUAUUGUUUUAUUAAAUCAAACACAAUACAAAAAAAUUCUAGUUAAACUAAUUGAAGAGAAAAUGUUGAUUGCAUUGAUUUGUUGAUUGACAGAGUAUUUGUCACGAUCAACAUUUUACAUAUUUCCAUUGUUUAAGUUGGGAAUACUUUCUAAGAAUGCAAACAGAAUAUAACUCAGUUUUGAGCUGUUAGCCAGAUAAAAUGAACUCUUCAAUUUAUUGUUUCUGAAAAGUUAAACGCCAAAUUAUCAUCAGUUUAAAAGAAAAACAAUAUCAACCUCUAAGGAAAGUGUUGCUAUUUGGAUUACCAAUUAAAACUGUUAACCAUAACUUUUUUUGCUUCAUUAUACAACUUCUAUAAAAAAACUUAAGUCAACAAACACAUGAAAAUCUAAUUUAUAGUUAUCUUACAAUGAAAAAAAUCGUGAAAUGGUGCUUCAAUAAUUGUACUUAAUCAUUUAAUUUUCCCAUUUAGUUUUCCCAAAAUGCAUUAAAAACUUAUAAUAUAUUAAGUAAACUACCUAUUUGCUAAAACAGUUAAUGGCAAGUUUGUGGAAAGAAGUGUAAUUCUGUUAAUGCUAAAGAGAGUGGGCAUAUUGUGAUUUUUUUAUCAUAGUUUGUAGGUUUUGUUUGUUCAACGGUAGUUCGGACAGGAAGAAGAAAAGGCGAGGACACCUUAAAAUAGUUUUAUAAAGUCCCCAGUGUUAGAAAACGAUGCUCUGCUGCGUCAUAAGUAAGGGCUCCUCUCUGUCCUCAUGGUGUCACUCACAGAUUCUCUGAGUUUGUUUCCAUUACUGCGUCAUGUCAGCUUUCCUUUCUCUAUGCAAAUGCUGAGGGGUCAAUUACAGGCAAUGCCAAAUGCAUUAUUCAUAUUUGUGAGGAGCGGUUGUGUGUGCAGCAGGGAUGACAGUGUUAGUGGGGAGGGGGAUGGAGGGGACACAGCACAGAAACAACCAUGGGGUCCUCACUCUGCUUGUGUGUGAGGCAGCUAACCAAACAUCCCAUGGUUCAGCGGUUUGAUGAAUGUGUGCAUAUGUGUCGCUGCGUCUGCACAUGGGCAGGAAUGCAUAUGUGUAUGUAGAGAAAUGAAGGUUUGUCCCUCCAUCACAGGCGUUGAGUUGAACCCUGGACGAUGUGUGACAUCUUGCCGGGCCUCAGGUGCAGAGGAGACACUUGAAGGGUCGUAAUGAGAGAAAACGAGGAUGGAUUGGCAAAAAUGAGACCCAGAUGGAGUAAAAAAGAAUCAAUACCUAAAGAGGAGGGACACGAGUUUUAGUGGGUUUAUCAUGAAUGAUAGACAAAUGAUUAAAUUAGUGUUUCUUAGCAUAGUUUGAGAGGUUUCUGGACAAUUAUUCAAUACUAAAGGUUACAUUUCAAUGCUAACGCAGCUUGUUAUGGUUGAUGAAUAGAAACACUGAUACACAUCAGUUUUGAAAAAGUACAAACCAGAUCUGAUCAAGGCUAACAAAACAUUGCAACCCAAAAAGUAUAGAAAGUUGCACAACUGACCUAUAUUUUAAACAAAUAAUAAAUAUUUGGGUAUAUUUCAAUGAUCCUCUAGAACAUCCACCAGAUGUCCGAUAUUUUAUCUUUCGCCUCUUUCAUAUACUCCCCUGAAAUUACUAAAAUUUCCAGGAUCUUGCACGGCAGUUCCCAACUUUGCUUUUCCGCAGCUCUCCCUCACAGCAUGAAGUCGUCCCUGUCAGAAAAGGGUCUGGUUGGUGGGAGGUUAAAAAGGUCUUGGGGCAGUAACUUUAACCUUGGUUAUUCCCUGUUGUGUUACCACAUCAGCUCACCCUGACAUCACAUGGAAAUUUUACCAGUGGGGUGUUUGCAGAAAAAAAUCAGUGUAAAGCCAGGGUUGAAAAAGUUCUGAAAACUGCUGAAGUGCUCCAAUGUGCAGCCCAGUUGUUGUGCAUGUGUGAAUCCAACUUUGUUCUCAUUAUUUACAUAACAAGCAGCAAACAAAUGAGCUUGUAAUUGAAUGUGUCUAACCUCAAGAGAUGCAACAGGGCUUGAAAUUAAUUUCUUUUCUUGGUGGCACUGAUGCUCUCAACCUGAGAGAAAAUUAAGGAGCUCCUACCGAAAAUGAUGAUAAACAUAUCAGCAACAUGGAUCUAAAUUUAGUGAACACAAGGUCUUCUUUGGGGAUGCGUCAGUGGUGUUAAAUUUCACAUUUAGCUGAGCCAACUAAACAGAGCGGCUGACAGUAUCCUGACAAAUAAAAGCUUUAACAACCCAACCUGAUAAUGAAGCCUCUCCUUCUGGCAUUUCUUGUGUUUGGUACUCUUCUCAUGUUUGGUCCAGCUCUCAGCCUUAAAAGAAGCUCAUAACAAACGCAGUGCUGCCUGCAACCUCUGCAACACAGGCUUUCAAGUUAGCACAGCACAUUGGGCCAAUUUCAAACUGGAGCUAUUCCAAGUCUUUUGGCUACUCCCUUCAAAAUCUGAGUCUUGUUUGUCCCUGAUAUCUCCACUUUCAUCAUCAUCAUCACAAACCUCAGGAAUUGCAUUUUACAGAAUCUUGAGCAGCCAACAAAAGCUCUCUGUGUUCACUUAAAGGUGGGGUAGGCAGGAUCUGAGGAAGCGCCCCCUUCCAACCAGUUUUCCCCUCAGCUCCUCCUCUCCCCGCCCUCUCUGCUCCAGCAAGCCCCGCCCACAACCAGACGCUCCUGCUUGAUUGUAUCGUUUCAGUUAAAUUCAGAUAUAAUGCAGAUAAAUACUUGAGAGAAUUACGAAUGGGGCCCGGCCAAUGUUAAAGUGAAAAGCAUUGGUGCUACUGUAGAUGCCAUCAGACUACCAGCAAAUACAAUGUUUACAAGACUUCUAAAACGAGGAUAAAGUGACAUAGUCCAGGACCCGAGGUCAACAGUUUAGUGGCGCUACAACACGCAGCCUUCCUGUUGGACAACAAACACUUCUGUUACAGACACUUGGCUUACUUUGUUCAAGCGGUUUACCUGUCCAGCAGAAAGGUUACAGGGUCUGUAAGAUCCCGAAGCGUCCCCCAUCGACCCAGCCCUUGGUUCUUGUCCGGUCUAUCUCCGUUUAUUCCAUUUACCUCCGCCCGUUAUUCCACCAGAGUCUCCGGUAUUUCCUUCGCUUUCUUCCUUGUAUUGGCAGUUGUGGCCAAAGGAGGAUUCCAAGAAUUUUCCAUACUUUCUGGUUGGUUUCUACUGUCCGAUAUUGUAGCACGCUAACUUUGUUUGGGCUCAUGAACAUUAUUCAAGGAUGUGAAGUGUGCCUCACAACAUGAGGACGCAGCGUCUGUCUAACAACUCACAACCAAUCAGGUUGAGGGAAUGGGUUUGUUUACAGUCAGAAAGAGAGGGCCGUUAAAAAUUUUUAAAAUGUUGACUACACAGACAUUACAAAACACAGUGAUAUCAUUAUAUUACCAAAUGUGAUCAACUAAUAGUUGUUGACUGAUAUUAAAAGCUUCUUUGUAUAUACACCACAAAAAAGAUGCUCCUUUAACGGAAUCUUGCCUACAUCACCUUUAAAGUAUCUCUGUCAUAUGGCAAUGCAACACAGUGAUAGGAGUGAUUGGAAGUGAAUAUUAACCAAUCUAAAACCAGCACUGAAAGUUAAGAACGUCAAGCUGAUAUUUGAUUGGUUAUUUAAGAGUUAGAUUGAACAGAGCGGCGUUGGUUAGUAAUGCCUGCAAAGAUACACGUCGCUCAUUGUAGCUGAUCUGAUCAAUCAACCACCAGUUUCUCUAUUAGCAAAUGUUUUAUCAAGGAAUAGAAAAAAAAAACGUUGCUCCACAACAAUUAUUUGCUGUCUCACAAAUGCCCUCAAGCAUAUAUUCUGAGGAUGCACAGAUUAAAAAGCAUAUGCGACUGAAACAAUUGCAAUUUCAAGGGUAACAUAUGAUUUCUCUUUCCACUUUUUGUUUUGUUUGAAGAGCUGGAUAUUUUUUAAGGAUGUUGCUCACUGUUUGGACUGAUGAGUCAAAGGGAAGAUUUCUAACCCAGCAAAGCCCUGGAAAUAAUCUAAAUGCCAGUCAACAACCAGCGUCUUUGUUUGGAGUGAGGGGGAUAAUGAAAAUUUUGGAAAAUAUUUCCUCCCACUCGUUCUUGAGUAGAAGACGAACUGCUGGCUCUGAAAGUAUUUUUACCAACAACGAUCUCUUGUUCAUAAAAUUCUCUUUGGCUGAUGUCAUGUAGAGGAUGAUCUCAUGACUACAUAGUCGUGCGUGUGUGCGUAUGCGUAUGCGUGUGAGCUAGAUCAUAUAAGAUUCUGAUUCGUUGGUGUUGCUGGUGCACAUCCUUAAGCUGUGCACUUGUGCAUUUAUCACAUGUUGCUUGUAUAUUCAUGUGCAUGCAUCUCCACACGCAUAUGAUUCAAUCAUCCCUCAGAUCCCUCAUCCCUCAUCCCUCAUCCCGUCCUGGGAUCAGUCCUCCUCCACCCAUGUCCUGUUUCCUGCAUUCUGACAUUGUUCCAACCCAACUCCACUCCAUUCCUUCUUUUCCACCUCCAUUUCUGUCUCUCCUUCUCUGCUUCCAGGUCUACGAUUUAUUGCAGACAGGCGUGAUCUGAUUUACUGAGGACUUAAUGAGAAAAACACAGAGCGUGAGUGUGAGUGGGAGAGAAAGAGGGACAUAAGAAAUAGUGAAGGAUGGAGAGAAAGAGAAGGACAGGGAGACAUAGAGAGAGGUGUGUGGACGUCCUUCAUGCACCCUUGAGCCUUGGUGGGUGGGUUGAGUAAGAGCAGCAGAUAGUGUGAGAUAUAUUCUUUGUGUGUGUGUGUGUGUGUGUGUGUGUGUGUGUGUGCGCCUAUGCUCAAGAGAGCGAGGUACUUGAAAGAAGUACCCUAAAAAGAAAUAGUCCCCACUUCCUUUUUCCCCUCUUCUCGUCUCUUCAUCCCCACCGCCCACUUCCUUGUUUCCCUUCUUGCUUCAGGCAGGGUUUCUCUCUCUGAUCUGCGUGUCCACUGAUCACACACAUACUUGUAUGCACUUGCGCUAUGGGAAUGAUGUGUGUGUGUGAACAAAUGGCUCACAAAACAGCAUACACUUUGUGUUUGCUAAGUAGCUCACAAAACACAUUGUGAACUGUGUGUAUACAGCGUGUCCUUGUGGAGUAGUGAGCGUGUAUUUGUGUGUAUGUAAGUGUGUUUUAGGAAGGUGGGAAAACAUAUUUAAUGGAGGUGUGCAAGGUUAAUUAGAGGAACAAAUAGCACCUGUGUUCAAGCUAACAGGGUGUGUUUUGGGGUGGGUGUUAUGCACAGGGGUGUCCUGACUUUCUCGACUGGCGAGGCCCAACUGUGGGUACUUAUGUGAGGCUGGUAUAAGGCCUGUGUGCAGACAUACAGAAAAUAGAAUAAACAAAGUUAAUUUACCCCCUCUCUCUCCAUGAAUCAAAUCUGACUUUCAUUACUUAAAGGGAUAUUUCAGUAUUUUUAAAGUGCGGUUGUAUGAGUGACAUGUCACCAGGAAGUGUACCAGCCACAGUGGAUGCCUGUCAGCCCCUUUACUUCCUUUACUGAGAAACCGCUUGUAGAAACACGACGCAAGGUAUGUUCCCAUAUCUGGCAGAUGGGACUGACUCUGCAGUGUAAUUUAGAUUAUUUUGAGAGACCCUGACAUCAGCAGUCGUCUCCGUUUAAGUGUACACUCUGCUCAGAAAGUUUGCAGCACUACACUUGGCCAAUAAAGCCCAUUUGUUUUGGCUCUUCCUCAUGCAGCGAGAUCAGCAAAACCUUCUAUCAUACAGUGAAUUUUGACAUUUUUGCCUCCCAGCUUUGCAUUAUGUGAAGCAUUGAUCGUUAAAGAUCAGUAAUGUUUGUCAUUUCAAUUCAGUCUUCCCCCUUCAGCAGCCAACACUGUGUAUUCUGAUAAGGUAAACAUGUCGAGUGGACCAUAGGUUGUGUCAUUAUGACGUUAAAAACAUUGAGAGCUUGAGAGCUAACUUGAAGACGUAUUCAAUUCGGCUUUUCUGAUUUAACUCCUAAAUAUUGAAGAAAGUCAGUAACAAACUAUGGCCGUCAGUCCGGCAGUGGACUCUGGUUGGUGAUUUAUUAUGAUUCCCAAAGAUCCGGAUGUGCUGCCAUGAACAAUCUUGGUUCAUAGGCAUUAGUUUACACCUGCACCAACCAGGUAACCUGGAAUCCCUCCUGCUCCUUUUCCCCCUGUAAACCCCAGUCCAUAAAGGUCUCUACAUUAGUCCAUAAAAAACGGCAUGCUGUCAGUAUCACUCAUUAUAUAGUUUGGUUGUAUUUUUGUCUCUUUGAAACCUGCAGACAUGAACGGCUCAGUGUGCUGCAUAAGGAAGAGCACGUUUGUGGGUUGUACCUGCAAAUAGUGCAAAAUCAAAUGGGCUUUGUUGGCAAAGUAAAGUGCUGAAAAAUUUAUUGGUAGAGCACACACUUAAACUGAGAUGAGUGCUUGAGUCAGAGUCUUAGCUAAUUUACAUGGCAGUGUCAGCCCUGUCUGUGCAAAAUCGUAGCAUACCUAGAAUCCUGUUUCUACCAAGAGUUUCUCAGUAAAGAGGUCAGAGUUAACCAGCAUCUGUUGUGUCAACUUCACUGAACAACAACAAGCACCUCUUGAAAAACCUUUCUACAAAAAUACUGAAAUAUCCCUUUAAAUCUAAGUAUCAUACAAAAGUUUUUUUGUUUUUCUUUAAAGGAUCACUUAGCUUAUUAGCUUUAAUGAUUUCUUGUUUAAAGUAGCCUUCUUUGUUGUAAGUUAACUCUCCCACACUGUCUGUCUUAUCCAUAAAAUGGUUGAAUUGAUGUGAAACCUGAACGGGUGACUGUCAGUCUUAGAUUAAGAAUUAGGGAUGGUGCCUGGGAGAGCCGGUCAGAUUUCAACCUCAGCCUAUUCAACCUCUAUUUACCCAGGCUAGUCCCAUUGAGAUCAAGAUCUCUUUCUCAAGGGGGGGCCUGGACAAGAACAGCAGCAAAGCAGUUUCAAAAACAAACAAAAAACAAACCAACACACUCAGACUCACACAGCUCAACAUCAGCAACAAGUACAGUAAAAAUAAUGAAUGCUACCCUUGACUGCCCCUCUGGACACACCUCUGGUUAUACAUCAGAGACACUUAAAGAUUAGGAGGCAUGACAUCAAGUUCAGACGGUCUCACAGGCUUGUUUAUAAAUGAUAUUUUCUGCCACUCUUGCCUUUACUUGUUAAGAUAGCCAAAGCGACGGGAAAUAUGAGGGGGAGAGAGUAGUUCUGUGAAGUUACACAGCAGUGCUGUGAGCUAAAAACUAAUAUCAGUGUGCUAAAAUGCCCCCACUGACAUGUUAGGCAGCUGUUGUGUGACCAAUUUCAGCAUCGUAGUGUUUGCUGUUAUUAAUUGUGAAAUUAGUGCAGCUAAAGCUGCGAGGAACUCUGUUUAUUCUACAAUAAUUAAAAAUGGGCCUUUUUUAAGGGUCACCAAAGUGUGUGUGGCAUUUUAUGGUGGUCCAUCCAACACUUUACUCAGAAGUAUCAAAGUCCAGAUGAGAUAAAAUGAAAAGUCAGGAUAUAAAAAAUGAUUUAAUGUCAAUCCAUCUGAGUGUUGAUAUUUCCCUCUGUGCAAAAGCAGCCUUCCAUGUGUCUAAAAAUGUAAACCUUUAUAAGGAGAGGGUUUGUGAGGCUCUGACUGAAUCACCAGCCUUUCCUUUUAUACUCUUUCAUUCCUCUCACUUAAUGUCCCUUUAUAUCUUCACCCUCUGUCUCUCCCACCUCUCCUCCUUCCCCCCUCUCUUAUGUCGAGCCGUCUCGUCUCAGUGUGGAGGAUUAGUGGAGACAAAGAAAGAUCCAGGAGCUGACUGGAGCUGAAGAUGAGGACAGGAGGAGAGACUGUUGUUCUCUCAGCAGGAAAAUAUACUAAUGCUUCUCUAAAGACCAUUGUCUCUUACAGAUUAUUCACUUUUCUCUGUCAUGCUGCUUGGAAAUCAAUCGAAAGUGUGGUUUACCGACAGGAGAUUAACUGUUUAACAAAUUUAACCACUGUGCAAAAUUUGAUUUAGUCAGGGGACUGAUGGAAAGAAGAUUUACCCACAAAAAUACACACAAUGUGAGUACAUUAAAAAAGCAUGACCUAAUCAGUGAGAAACAGAAUCAAACACUGAGUGCACAGGCUCAAGACUCAAGUCUCUGUGUGUCUCUUUUCGUGGAGCUCAGUAACAUCCACAUGUUGUCACAGAUAUAGAUCUACAUGUUCUUCCUCAUGCCCACAACAUCUCCAUCUGCUGCAUAAUUCAGGAGGUAUCUCUGUUUCUUAUAUGUUGCGUGCUAUAGACUCAACUGCUUAAUGGAGCCAAGCCUGCAGGGAGCAGGAAUCUACAAAUUUUUGUUUCAUUUUCUCUAUUUUUUGUUUUGUGAGCAUCAUAAUUUUCCUUUUUUUGUGAGCAGGAGUAUUCCCUGUGCAAUAAGAGCAGGGAUCCCAUUGCGUGCGCCGGUGGAAUUGCAUGUCUGAUAAGUGAUUGGAGAGAGUGAAUGAAUUACAGCCUGGAGACCUUUAAUGAGGCCUCAGUGGGAGGGAAGGAGGGUGUGGGUAAAGAAUCAGGUGAAAGCAGCUGCAGCUUUCCCCCAAAGAGAAACCUCCUCCUCCUUGUUUCUCUCCCCUUGACUCCUUUUCACAUCUUUAUUUUACUAUCCACCUUUCCAUCUCACUUCACCCCCUCAGCCCUCUUUCCUCUGGUGCUCGUAUCCCUUCUCUUCCUCAGCAGUCUUCCCCUCCUCCUCAUUACAAACGCCUGACACAGCACAUGUUCAGCCCUUUGUGUGCGGCUGCCCUUUUAUAACGGGGUUAAAAAGCCUAAAAUCCAUAUAUGUGGCAGAAGCCUGUGUGUCAAUUACAUGUGCAGAUGUGUAAAAUGUAUUAAUACACCAGUUUAAACCUGGUCUAUUUUCUUUUUAUUUUACUUUUUUUGUGGUUUGGGAUCUAAAGAUGUAUCAGGGAGAGUCUUUGAGAGCAGCUAGAUUGGGCUGUGUGAAAGCGCUGAAAAGCCUGCUACCCCACCACUUGUGCCAAUACACUAAAACACACACACAACUACACACAUGCACACGCACAUAAAAACAUCAGUCCUGCCAAUCUGUCCUUUUUGUGCUGUUUUUCAUCCCAGUGCCAUGCCGCUGCCGGGCGACACAGUUCGUGAGAGGAAUUUUAGACCCCAUAAAAACUCGGUGUUUAUAUGAUUCACCUUAGGAGAUUGAACAGGGUUGCCAUAGCAGAUGUCUUUGUCCGGAGCAACUCAACACAAAAUGCUUUAGAGAGGAGGUGAAGUUUGAUGUGACUGACAGCCAAGACAGACUUAGUGCACUAAUUGCUUGGUUUUAGGAUUUUUUUUCCUACUUGAAGGCCCAUUUUAUCGAGGUAGAGUCUAUCCCAAGCAACAUUUUCCCACAUGGAGCAUCGUCAUAGCUCUGAAGUAUUGUGUGUGUGUGUGUGUGUGUGAGACAGGAAUAUGGUGAUGAAGGCUGAGAGAGAGGGGGGUGACUGUAGAUCCUCUCUCUCCUCCAGACUUUUGAUUGACAGCUGGACCCCCUCUCUCCCACAGAUGUUUCCGCUUCUUUCGGUAGCAAAAAAAUCUCAAAGUGUGGCAGAGGAUAAGUGGAGUAUUUAAAAAAAGCAAUGAGCUGAGAAAAUGACUGUAGCAGACACUAAAUGAGACAGAAAAUGAGCAGGAGACGUGGGUGUUCGGCCCCACAUCUCGUCUGGAGAUACCAGAUGCAGACUAAAUAUCUCAUGAUAAAUCUGUUGGUUUCCACUUCUCUAUUGAGGGACUUGGAAACUAUUUCUUAUAUAUAAAUAUAUUUCUCUUUUUUCCUUGCUUCCCUUAGUCACAGUUUUGUGUUUAUUCUCGCUCAAAAAUCGCCUCAACUUUGCUGUGAUGAAACACCAUCCUGUGAUCAUCACUCAUGUUGAUAGUUUGCUGCAUUUGUAUUUAAAGAGAGCUUCAGUAUUUAUCUUCCUGUCUGUAUCAGAGCGAAACUACAAAGUGGUCGCUCACAGUUCUUGUACAUAAGCGGGUAUGUAUGUUAAGAGGGGGGAUUGUGUGUCGGUGUCGGUGUGGGGGUUGGGGGUCGAGGCUGAGUUUGCGUCUUUGUCUGUCAAAUAAAUUAUUUAAAUCCCCCAACAAUUAAAGCUGAAAUCUGUUAUCAGCAUCCUCCAUUAGAAGCUCGUAUGUCUGCCGUGCUGCCUCAGUACGCCGCUCGCUUGUUCCUCCUGCCCGUGCUUAGCGUGGAGCCGGAUAAAGAUCACAAGCUCUGAAUCUUAAACACACAUCCCAGCAGAACAAAGGCUAACAGCGCGGCUGUGACCCAGUGACUCACACAUGCACACGCCGAACGUCUUCAUUACAGGAGUGUAUAAAUCUUUGGUCGGUGGAGCUUUUUGAUGCACAAAUAAGGAUGAGAUGUGAUGUGUGUCUUAAGAUUGUAGGGUUAGCUUGUUGUGAGUGUGAGAUGACAAUGACAAUGGUGAAAGUAGUGCAUGAUGGGAUAUCUGUUCAGGCCUCUAGCUCUUAAUUCACACCUUGUGCCUCCUUUUUUAGUUUAAAAAAUAAAGAGGCUCCCUCCCUUGGUCAUUAUUCCCCCCAUGACGGCCAUUCUCUCCCUCUUUCCAUUUUACUCCACUCUCUCUGCUCUCUGCAGUUUUUUUAUUGCUGUAGCAAAAUGCCCAUUAGUCAUGUUAGAGAGCAGCCCGCUCCUUCAGUGCCUGUGUACGUGUGCAUGCUGAUGUCAGGGGGUUCAUUUGCAGACUAUUGUGAUUUAUGGUACACCACCUCUCUGAAUCUCUUAUCCAUUUUCUCCAAAGCUUGGUGGAUAUUUAAAAAACACAUCAUGUGUCUGCUUUCAAGAGCAAAAUAAUUUCCUUCCAUCUGCCUUUUUAUGACUCACUGCUGUUACUGGGUUUUCUUUGAUUUACCAAUCUGUUGUUCUAUCAAAGCUCUCUCUGUUUUGAAAUUGAGGAAAUAAGAAGGAUCUAUUAGUGCCUAGAGCUACUCCGAGUAAUGAAGGUGUACAGAUCUUUUAUCAGGAUGAUCAGAAUAUUGAAAAUAAAUCAUGUGUAAACAUUUGAGAAAUGUGCACAUAGAGUGUUACAUAGAUGAAAUUUUGUCGUAGAUGAACCCGACCUGAGUUUCUCUGCAGAAGUCUUUGCUGAUAUCAUAGACUGUAUAUAGAAUGGACGCCAUCUGCCUCCUCGCUGGGUGAAGCCGAGAACAGCACCCUCUGUUGACGGGCUGCAGUAUAGGUCAUAAAUCCCGCCUCCGCCAGCAAAGCUUAUGGGGCUGUGGACAAACUUUAGAAAUCUAUUACACAGAACAUAAAUUUUUCUCCCCCCUGGUUGCGAUGUAGUUAAAGUAAGACUGGUUUGUGCUCAAGUCCUCUUUUUUUUUCUGUACAGCUCCAUUUUUAAAAGUUAUUAGGGGGUUCAUGUUUUCUAUGAUUGACACCUGAUACAGCCUAUGGGUGUACAAAGAUUGCGUAGCUCACCCGGGGGAUACGCUGUUUGAGCCGAGCGUCAUCACAGCGACUCUCCCGCCAAAUGCGCUCAAUGCUACUGCCCAAUGUUGGUUUCAGGAAAUGGAAAGAAAACGAGGAAAUACCGAGAGCUUUUUGGCCUCAAAACUGUAUACUGGCGGAAGGCGGAACCAAGUUGUCCAUAAUGUAUACAGUUUAUGGCUGAAACAUUUUGGAUUAUUAAAGAUGGUAAGCCCUGGUGGAUAAAAGUUGUAAAAUAUCUUCUGCAAUUUCCUGAUAGUGAUCGUUGAGAUGUGAACGUCAGAAGUAUAACAGCUAUAGCAUACCAUGGAUGCAUGACCCGGACAUCAGUACCACAACGUUUAAAGCUUGUCCCUGUUUAAUAUAUGAAAUAAGAUUUUUACUUGGCACUUGGGCGUUUGAGACACAAAGCCACUUUCAAAUAAAGGAAAAGACAGACAUCUGAAGGUUUUGUCCUCACUUUGGGGGAGGUGUUGUUCUGUUCAUGCUUCUACAUUGGCUGUGGGGUUAAUGAAACACAGUUACAAGAAUUUUUUGAUUUUUAAGAUACAUAUUUGGGCAUUUAGUCCUUUAUUUCAAGAGGUCAGGACAGUAGACAGAGCAGGAAUCCAGGGGAGAGAGAGUCAAUGACAUGCAGGAAAGGAGCUGUCAGCCUGAGCUGAACCCAGGCUGUGGUUUGAGGACUAUCGCCUCUGUACGAGGGGCUCAUGACUUCACCACUGGGCCAGGUUUAACAUCGUAUUACCUUCUCUAGUUUGAGAUUUGAUUUAUUUGGUCCCCUUGGGGAAAUUCAUCUUCACUGACUGUACAUUAUGCGAAAGACAACGACAUUGCACAUUACAAACAUCAACGAACAGUAAGGACAGACAUAAAUAGUGUGGGACAGUGACAACAGCAAAAGGUGACAGGCUGGUCGGAUAGGUCAGCGGGGCCUGCUGUUAAGGGCGGCGAUAGCUGCAGGGAUCAGGCUUUUCCCAAGACGGGCCCUCCUGAAUUUUUGUGUUCAUUACACAGUCAUUGUGUAAAACACUUUCUAAUCUUAUUAGUUAAGUUAACUUACUUCUGUUGAUAGCUUCAUAUUUUUAGUGCUGUAGUGGACUUUAUUUACAGAGUGUCUCAGUGAACCAUCAGUGAACCAUCAUAUCUGCAGGAGGAUGUCUAUCAUGAUAUUUUUAAGUGAAGUUGAUGUUGAUAAUAUUGUAUUUAAUCAAAUCUAAGAGGAGUGAUAACCAGGCCAUGCAUACAAAGCUUAUUAAACUCUGUAUUUAGUACAAAAGCAGCACUUCUACAUUAGUUUCUGUAUGUGUUGUCACUGCACAACUUUCCCCUCCAUGUCCUCCUCGUCACUUCACUCUGUCACUGAUUCUGUGUUAAGGUUGCUGACUUGCUUGAUGAGAAAACAAGAUGAAGAUAAACCCACUGACUCCUCUCAUGCCUGGGUGUUGACAGAAAGUCAGAGAUGAUUGAUGAGUUUUUGGUCCAGCGUGGCCAAUAGUCUGUUCAUGGAUGCCCCAUUGCUUCAGCUGCACAGUUUUGUACCCCUUCCUGUCUGAUACACACAGCAAUCUCAUCAGUGAUUUUGGACUCUUAGAUAUGGGUUGUUUCUCGACAGCGCUCCUGAUUGAGCACUCACUUGAAUCUGAUGUAGAUAAGUUUGUUAUGCUGACUGAACUCUUAGAAUUUUUCUCCUACUUCCUUCAAGUAGAGGGUCAGCGUUGUUUGUUCCAAGUGUUUACACUGUGUGUGUUUGUAUACAGUUUGUGUGUAUUCAAGCUUCAGACCAAUAUUGUCUCUGGCUGGAGUCAUGAUGUGUAAGCAUUAGAAAUGACGGCUCACUUCUCCUAAACUGCCUCAUAGAAACAUCCAUUCAUUACAGUUAUUUCACUGCAUAUCUAAUGGUAUGCUUUAGUAUAUCUUUGAGUUAUUCAACUUAAAUAUAACAUACAGUUAGCUUAUUAUUAUUCUUUGUUAAGCAGAGGCCUAGCUUUUUCCUUGAUUUUAAUCUGUUCUAUCAUUUUGAGUUUAUUGGUCUCUAACCAACAUGAUGUUAAUUAAAUCCAUAAAUCCAUCUGUCAGGGGCUGAAGUUUGGUUUUUAUUGAGGAAUAGGUUAAAAAAGAGACCAAUCCCCAUUCAUAUGCUGCAUUCCUCAAAGUAAAUGUCUAAGUAAAUGUGUGUGUGUGUGUGUGUGUGUGUGUGUGUGUGUGUGUGUGUGUGUGUGUGUGUGUGUGUGUGUGUGUGCGUGCGCUCUAUAGCUCAUACAUCUCUGUCUCAGAUUGGCUCUGCAGUGUGUAUUUCCUUUGGGAGUCUUGGGUCCAGCUUUGCUGAGAAGGCACACAGAGACCUAUUCUCCGUUAUUUAUGCCAUUCUUUCACUUUCUUACUCUCUCAAUUCAUUUGCACCCUCCCGUUCUGCCUGUGUCACCUUUUUUUUUUUUUUUACUCCUAAGUGACCUUCACUUGUCCUUAUUUUCUUGGACAGGGACACAGAGACAGCAGACGUUUGCUAGAAGGCUGGAUUUGUAUAAUUGUGUUUGUGUGAGUUUGUGCGCUGGAAAUAGCAUCGUCCCUGUACGCUGGUCAUAAUUAGCUGGGCUGAUGCUCUGAAGCCUUGUGUUGCUAAGAUAGAAUACAAUCGUCCUGUAAAAUACAAGCAAACUUUUAUAAUUGAGUGACACUUGAAUGGAAAUCACAAAUGUUCUAACUUCUGUCCCCUCUUUUCUUUCCUCUCUGUUCUCAGUGAUUUGCUGUCUUCGGGGUAUGUGGAGCGGCAUUUGUCAGAGAAAGGGAGGACUGUCAUCACCAAUGUAAGAUUCUGCAAAUCAUGCUCACUCACACUUUCACGUGACCACUUCCAGUAAGAAUAGGAGCUUCAUGGUGUCCUGGUAUGACCAGUACAAAAGCAGAUUUACUUAUCAUAACUUGGCAAUCUGGUGUCUACCAGGCUGGAAUAUUACUUCUAAAUAGUAUAAAUACCUUUUUGUAUUUAUAGGGAGUUGAGAGUGAGGAAAGAUGAUCAGCAAAGGGAGGGUUGUGGCCAAGAGCACCUCUAAAACACCUCCUUUAGGUGUAAUAAAUUGUUUUGCUUUGAAGGAUUUCUUGACUAAGCAGAGAGUUUUUAUUUCUCUUGGCUCAGUGUUUUAGUUUUACACUUUUUAUGUCCUUUUAUGAGGCAUCUGUAUGACUUUAAGCACAAUGUAGGGCGGAGGAUGUCCAUGUCAAAUUCUGAGUCCACAGAUCAGACCAGUUUUAUACUUCCCCUCAGUUUGUCAGAGGCUCAGAGCCCUCAAGAAGUCAUUUCUGGAGUUUCUGGAUCAUGUUUAUUUGUAGUUCCUGAAUAUCACUCUCAUCCAGUAGAGGUCUUAAGCGUCGUUCUUUUUCUACUAAAGUUUCUUCUGAUUCUCUGAACCUUUUAAUAAUAUUAUGAACUGACCUAAAGAAGUAACCAGCUUUUCUGAAUCAUUCCUAUGUACAGUUUCCUCUUUGCAUGUGACUGUUUAACCUGCACUUCUGGGUGAAAUAGUAUUACUUAACUGUCUCAGAGCUUUGCUGUCCCUGUCCCAACCUUUUUUAAUGGUGUUACUGGUGUCAAAUUUAACAUGAGCUGAACAGCUGAUGUGCUGUCUUUGCACUAUUUUCAAUUAAUUAGAUGAUUUAAAUGAUUUGCAAACCAACAAAAUCGGGUUUGUUUCACAUUUUAUGCCGUAUCCCAAAUGAUUAAGGAAGUUACAUGAACAUGGACUUUUUGUCAUAGAAAAAGCAGCCAUUAAUAAAAACAGUUUCAUAUUUUAAACACUGCAAAAUCUAAAGAAAGAGAGCAGACUCUGACAAUCUGACAAUGAUUGCUGACGUCCACUCACUGCCUGAGUAAUUUACAUAUUGAAAGUUACUGCAAGGUGAGCAGAGUUGGGAAAUAAGAGUGUUCAUCAAUGCAAGCCGAAAAUAUAAAGGUCACUUCAAUUUCAGGACACAGAUCAGCUGUUAGUAUGAGGAGUAAAGCAUGUUAGGAUUUAAAGGUUGGGUAAAGACCUUGGUAAUGCAGAGAUGUUUUACUAUUUAUUUUCAUUGAGGAUGUAUGUUGGCAUACACAUGCACGUACGCACGCACGCACGCACGCAAGCAAGCAAGCAAGCAAGCAAGCAAGCAAGCAAGCAAGCAAGCACACUUUAGUGGCUCCACUAAAGAUUUACUCUCACCUCUGUGUUUUUUGUGCUGCAGUUUCCUGAAGCUGCUCCGGGUUCCUCCCCCUCCCUGUGAACCAUUUAUUGGUUUAUCAAUGUUUUACUGUGCACACACCAAGACCAAUCACCUGGCUUUUCUUUAGCUUAGAUUUGGGUGUUUGAGACCAAAGUGAAGCUGUAGAUUUAGCCUAAACACGAAAUUAAGAUUGUUGUGCUAAUCCUUUACAAUCUGGACUUCAGUUGCAGGAUGGCCCCUGAGAAGAUGUGUUUCAUCACAUAAGUGGAGGGAUUAUAAUGGUCAGGAUUUUCUCAGCUAAGCAGCAGAUUAAUGAGAUAUAAUUCACUUUACAGGGAAUGAUCUAAAUUAUUACACCACACAGUGUGUGAUAUAGUCUCUUGUAAUUAUAGAGCUUAAUAUAACGUGAUCUCUUUGUGAAGUAUUUCACUUUGUAGAGGGAAAUGUGGUUUAUUCCACUGGCAGAGUCUGCUCUCAUUCUUUGAACACAGUGUUUCGAAUAUGAAACUCUUUAUUAAUGGUUGCUGGUCAAGAAGGUUAACCACAUUUUGUUACUCCUUUCACAGAGGUCAAAAUGUCAGCCGUCAAAACACAGCUGCUGCUCUUUUAGUCCGCCUCUGACUUCUCUUCUUAGAUAAUGCAACCCAAAUCUCAAAAAGCUGGGACACUGUGUCAAAUGUAAAAAAAACAAAAAACUGAUUUUAGUGGUUUGUAAAUUAUUUAAACAUUAUAUUUCAUUGUAAAUAGUGUAAAUAUAACAUAUAAAAGUAACAACCAAAAUGCUAUGAAAAUAUAUGUUAAUUUAAAAUUCUUUUAAAAAAUUGGAGCAGGCACAACAAAACUUUGGAGAAGCUGUGUAAACCUGGAGAAGGAACUCCAAACUAACCAGAUAAAUGUACAACUAGUUUGUAUAAAGAGGGCAUUCAGCAGCAUUUCAUCUCUUUAACCACUUUCUCUACUCAAGUAUUUUUUUCCUCGUCACUUAAUGCUUGAACUUCUUCUUCUUCUGAGGUACUGGUUGAAUAAGCGGUUUAUGUGUUCCUCAUGGACUUAAGCUGUAGUUCUUGUCACAGUGGGAACUAGUUUAAGCCACAAGCUUUAGCUGCAUGUAUACCACUUGUCUCUCCUCUUCAUAUUUCCCCCUCACUCUUCAGCUUUCCUAUCAAUGAAGGCAAAAUUUUAGACUAAACAACAAAAAAUCACAACAACUUUUACCUCCAUGCAGGGGAGAGCGUCCUACUUGUUUACAAACAGCCUGACCCUCACCUUUUCAUUGUGCAUUGUGGUGUCCACAUCCGAUGAUUAAUUACUCUUAUAGCAGGCGAAGGAGAUCACAUAUGUGACAAAUUUAGUAACAUACACACACCCACCCACACACACAAUGAGGAUGUACCCUCAGCUCUGGGUUUUGGGUGUUUCUUGCUUUGAUGAGAAGUGGAGCAGAAGGUUCAGGGUGACAGAGGGAGGAUAGUAGAGCACAGCUCUGCGUAUAAAUAGCCCUCUCUGUCUCUUCAGUUCACACUCGCUCUAACUCUCUUCACCUGACCUCUUCCUCUCUUUCACCUCUGACUCCAUUUAGGUUUACCCCACAAACUUGUCCUCUUGAUGCAUCCACAGUCAAAGUGCACUCCAGACAUAUGCUUCAUCUCUCUUAUGCCAAUGAUGCACCGUCUUUAGCUCUGCUUUGUUGGACAUCAACAUUUACAGAGGUGCUAUAAAACCUGAUUUGAGCUUUUGUCCUUCAAGAAUCAGAUCUAGAAAAAUAGAUACAAGCAAUAAGAAUGAUUUCUGUAGUUUACAUAGCAACUUCUUGAUAAAGGUAGUAUACUUUAGAACAGUGGUUCCCAAGUCCAGUCCUGGAGGCCCAUUGUCCUGCAUGUUUUGGAUGUUUCCCUGAUCUAACACACCUGAUUCAAAUGAUCAGCUCGUUAUCAAGCUCUGUACCGGCUUAAUAACCAGCUCAUCAUCUGAAUCAGGUGUGUUAAAGCAGGGAAACAUCCAAAACAUGCAGGACAGUGGGCCUCCAGGACUGGACUUGAGCACCACUGCUUCGGAAGAUUUAAAGGGAUAUUACAGCAUAAAAUUAUUUUAGGGUCAAACACACCGUAACACCGAGUUAGACACCACCUCAAGAGAUGAAUGUUGCCGACUAGGUAUACCAACUUUAGUAACGACCACAGGAUAGCAAUACACAGCGGUCUAAGGGGCCAUAAACAAAACAAACCUUAAACCAAAUGGCCACUCUAUAGCCACAAAUAAUGCUCAGAACAGCACCUAACUUCAUCAACAGUACAUAUAGGGUCCCAGACACAACAUUAGCCACCAAACAUCUUUUUAGCUUUGCCUGAUUUCUUUGGCAAAGAGACUAAACACAACUCACCUACUCUCUUCCAGCAGCCGCUUGUUUGUAGCGAGACCUCGGGUCAGUCCAUUAUGGACUGCAGUGGGGGGACACAGCUCAAGGAAGAACCCUUUAAUGCAUCAAAAGUGAUUUUUAGGGGUCCUAAAACCUGCAUUUUGUAACCUUAAGACAGAAAGGUUAUCUGUUUUUAAACAGUUUGUCGCCCUUGUGCUAAGCUAAGCUAAGCUAUCCAACACAUCCAUUUCUUUUGGGAUGAGCAUGGAGGCCCGAAUUCACGGGCAGACCUUUCUAACUGAUGCUCCUGUGCCUGAAUGAGACCAAAUCCUUUUAGCAGGACUGUCACAUCUUGAGGGAAGUCUUUAUCAUAAGGUCUGUGGGUCAGGUAUCACCCACUUUUUGGCUGUUUUGCAACAAAAACAAACCUUGCAUGUAUCCUCACACAAACCCAGUGAACUGACAUGGAUCAGGAUGAAGCUGACACACUGUGCUGGAAGUAGAAGUGGAGGCAGCCCUGCGUCGCUGUGUGCAGCAUCAGACUGUAGAGCAGAAAUUGAUCCUCUGAUAAAAGCCGUGUUUCCUCAGGGAGACCAGCUUCCUGCCUAAUGGCUGUUAGGCAGCAAGAAAUGGACCAGGAAGAGAUGGCCUGCAGAGCACUUAGACACUUAGACAUCAUACACGUCUAUAGAAAAUAAAAGUGUGUUUAUGCUAGCAGGAAGCGCACUCACACGCGCACACACACACACACACACCGACUGAUAGAGACAGAUGGAGUUGGAGAGAAUGAGUGGUUGACGGCGCGUCGUGACAGAGAUGGAAACAUUUUUACAAGUGACCGAUGCUGUGGCCUCAGACUGUGGGAAGAAGUUGAGAUGGAGUCACAGAGCAGUUAACACACAGAUGGUAGCGCACAGUACCGCGCAAACACACAUAAACACACUGCGCACAUACACACACAAACACAACACUUGAUCAUACUUGCACUUGUGCGCUUUAGUAAAUGAAUUCUGUGUGAUUGAUUGCUCUGGAGUCAUUUCCUGAUGGAGGAUGGUAAUAAAAGCAGCAUGGAAAGUAUUUGGCUCUCUGUUUUAGGGAAAGCAGCCAUAUGCAGAACAUAUCUGAUCCUAAUUUGUGUGUUUGUGUUUUGUUUACAGGGUGGAGAGCACUGUUACUAUCAGGGGAAGAUCCGAGAUAUCCCUCGCUCCUUUGUGGCUCUCUCGACUUGUCACGGAUUACAGUAAGUAUAAACGUUUGUGCCCGUUUGACUUUGUAUGUGCGUGUGUUUUUCUGUCAAUACUGCUGCCGGGGCCUUGCUCUCAUUUAUUCAUAGGUCAAUGCAAUUAGUUUAAGUCAGCCCUUUUGAGUCUGUCUUGAUUUUUGUUGCACAGGUUAUCACUCAAGCAGACAGCCACGGCUCAGGUGUCUCUUCUUUUUCAUCUUCUUUUCUCUUCCUUGCGUUGGUAUUUUUAGUAUUCUUUAAAGCAGCCGUCUGUCACAGAGAAAGGGGUCAGAAAACAUGCCUGUGCUGUGUUUGUUCGUGUCAUGAAUGUAAGUGUACUCGUGGUUAUGUUUGUCCUCCAAGUUAGGGGAAAGUGUAGGGAGGUUGGGUGGGAAAAUGCCUGAUUUGCACUGAUUAAUAAUUAGAUAUAGCACAUAUUCAUGUUUUCAGGUUUUCACAGUUGCAAAAACACAUUUCUCUAAAAACAAAAAACCUUUUAUUUACAUGAUACAGUUAAGUUUGCACACUUUGCUUUGCUAUAUUGUUGAAAUAUCUUGAAAAUAAACCCCCCCAAAGAAUUAAGCCAAACUCCUUAUGACUGUAAUUAUAAACAAGUGUGAAAAAUGGGCUAAAAGAAGCUCGUCCAGUCUGAUCAGCUGCUUUUCAAAGCUCCUGUGAGGAGUUUUAGGCCACUUGUAAAACAGACUAAUAUUAAUCCGGCCUCUGCCUCUAAAUGAGUUAUUAAAGUUGGUGGGAUCACCAGUAUAUUUUUCUUGACAGUAAUUCGAACAGGAUGAGAUUUAUUGUUUGUCUGAAAAUGAUACUUAGACAUGUUCAAGAGAAAAGAUAAACUGCUUUUUCAACAAGGGGUGUCACUGAGAUAGGUUAAAAAUAACUCCAAAGAGCUCCAAUGAUUGAAUUAUCAUAUUUCUAACAUAUUCAACCUUAAGUUCAGUGUUUUAUUCUUGUAACUGGAUAUUUUUCAGUGAUGCUACAUCAAGAUUUUCAAGAUUUCAAGAUUGAUCUCAAAACUUUUGAGCCUAAAACAGAAAUGUGGAUUCAUCUUGAUGCUGCGAAGACAACAUGUAUUUAGACAACAGGCUGAUAGCCGAUGUUAGUAUUAAAGUUUUUGAUAAAUUAUUAUUUAUUGAUUUUGUGAAUUCCCCUCUCUCUUCAUAGAUAUCUUUUUGUGGCUGAUGUAGAACCAAAGAAGCAAAUUCUACGUAAAAACCCACAGCUGAUACUUCUUUGUAAAGCUGAGUAGUGAGUUUUCAUGUUUUGUCUAGUUUCAGGUGGGUUUAUAUCCUAGUCAGGUGUAAAGUUAAGUCAAACAUCAGGUGAAUGAUAAGUCACAAAUCAAACCACCAAGAGUUUUUGUUUUGGUAAACGUGUGAUGGUUGGUUAGUAGUCUGCAGAUCAUGACAGUAGAGAAAUCUCUGUGUAAAGAGGUCUUACAGAGCCAACAACACCUCUCGUGACUGCACAUAGUUGUUAGUAUUUCUUUCAGCUGUUUUUAAAACAUUCUAAUUAAUUCUCGACUCAUUUUGCCUCGUCAGGCUAAGCGACAAAUAGAUAAAUACAGUAAAUAGUUAAUCAGUGGAGGAAGUUAUCUCGGCUAAUUAAGGAAAGCAGAUUGCUUAAUAAGUUUAGCUCAGGCUUUAUAAUAGCUUUUGCAUAUUUCAUGUGAUUGUGGGGAUGUGUUUGUCAGCACAACAAAUGUGCAAACAAAAAGAAAUAAGAAGUGGGGCACGAGUUUUUCAAGGAUAAACAAACACAGAGUCCGGGUCUGUUUUUGAGUCUCCUGCAGACUCAAUUAUUUCCUGGUAUAACCAAAACUGUCAUGCUUAUUCAUGGAGACGUUGUUGUCCGUCUUUCAAUCUCACAUUUAUAACUUUAUUUUUCUUAACCUGGAGCGACUACCUCAACAGGACUGAUGCACACACUCUUACACAUGAAUUUGAUUGUGUGUUUGUGUAUGUGUUUUGGUGUGAGAGAGAGAAAAGGAGGGAGGAGGGAGUGAAGGGAGUGUCCUGGUGUCAGGGGGUUAGACAUUAGAGGUAGAGUAUUUCCCUUAUGCUGAGUCAGGUAUUUACCAUAAUAUACAUCCUGCUCUCUCCUCUUCCUUUACACACACACACACACACACACACACACACACACACACACACACACACACACACACACACACACACACACACACACACACACACACACACACACACACACACACACACAAGCACAAUCUUUACUCUUGGUUGCAAUAGGGUAUUAAAUGUACAAAGAGAGAAGUGCUCUCAGCUACAUCCAUUAUUUGAGACAGACAGUGACGCAUUGAUUUGCGUCCCUGUUUUAGCAGAAACUAAAUAUCAGUCUGAACAGUUUGCUAACGACACAUAAAUUAGGAGUCAGUUAAAACGGCUUUUCAAUUUAGAUUAUUUUCCAUUUUCAUUAUUUAUCUAGAAGGCUGAAAUCAACUAGACACUCAUCUUAAAGCUUUCAGUAAUCAUCCCAUGAUCUCAGAAAUAAACAAGUCAUUCUGUCUUGGUAAAUGAUUGUUAUAAUCUGUCAUUAAGUUUCUCAGGAAAACAAGUUUAAUUUAUUCUUUGCCAAUAAAAAAAACAAAUCAUUCACUCUUGACAUAUAGUUAGUGUUCUCUUCUGUAACUUUGACUUGUUUGUCUUUCAGUUUUUUUAUGUCUAAUCUGCUGUAAGUGCAAUGUUGGAGCAGACCACAGAGUGUGUUGAAGGGGAAUUCUGUAUGUUGACAGCCAGAAAUAAGUGAAAGUGAGGGACAGUUUGAAGGCAAAGACAGAUGUCUGUGUAUAUGUGUGUGUGUGUGUGUGUGUGUAUGUGUGCGUGUGUGUGUAUGUUUACCCUUGUGACUUCACAGUUUAACCUGACCAAUCUCCUAAAAGCUUUCGAUAAAGUUAAUUAGCGGACGAUUUGGUGCACAUGCGCACACGCAGCAUGCAAAGACAAGGAGACCUUCAACCAGCUGCUAAAUGAGAAACUGAUCUUUUUGUUGUUGUUGAAGAUAUUUGCACUGUCACAUCCAUUCACUGUCAUGUGAUAAAGAUAUGUCAUAGCUUUUGAACACAUUUGUUUCCCGUCAAAAUUCCCUCCUUUCAAAGAAUCAGCGUGAACUCUUAGUCACUCUUCCACUGAUGUAAUCACAUAGUGACAUUUUAGUUCCGCUGUGUGGGUGAUUCUUUCAGAGUGGGUGACCUUUUGUUCCACUUUAUCCUUCCCCUUUCACUAAGGCGAACAUGUCCCGGACACAGCAGACAAGAAUUCAGUCCAAAACUGCACCUUGUAGGAGUGCAUUACAGUCAUUACUCUGACAAAUGCUGCAAUAAUACAAUAAAACCCUGCUGGGCAAGCAGUGAAACGGCUAAUGUAUCUCUGAUGGCAGAGGGGUAGCUGUAUUCAGAUACAUUAUUUCAUUUAGUGCUGAACAAAACUACAUUGACAGGUGCUGAUGGUCUAUCCUUCUCUCUCUCUUUCUCUCUCUCUCUCUCUCUCUCUCUCUCUCUCUCUUUCAGUGGGAUGUUUUUCGAUGGCAAUCACACCUACAUGAUUGAGCCUGGAGGACAGGGUAGCAGUGAUGUAAGUACUCUGCAAGUGUACAUGAAAAUGUAUGAACUCUGUAGGAGCUGGUGACCACUCUUUUCAUGAACUUCCUCUUCAUCCAUCUCUCCAUGACCGGCCCUGUUGUACGUUCUGUGUCCACUGAAUCUGGUAGAGCUUUUGUUUCCAACCCUUUUCUCUUGAUCCUCACAGUGUGUUCUUUCACAUCACAUUAGACUGGGUGGUUUUAACACUUUAAAAUUAAUUAUCGAGGCCUAAAGGUAAAAGAGCAUCUGAUGUGAAUCUUACUCUUGAAAUCAUUUUCCCAUUAGAAGAAAAUAAACACUUGGGUGGAUUUUUCGCUUUUUUAAGUAUAAUCAAAAAGCCUCUGAACACACUUUGGUGAGAAUAACUUUUGAUCAUGUAACAGCAGCAUUUUCAACUGAUCUGAAUGCUGGAAUAACAAUGUGUGUUUCAAACAUUUUUAAACCAAAUAAUAAAUUUGUUACUAAAGAAAACAGUCAGUGAAAUUCAGCGAUGGGAAUGACUCUGUAUGAACCUUUCUUUAGGAUGCAGCCAAAGGUCUUUUUAUUCACAAAACAGUUAACCCCGGUUGAUUGGGGAUGAGGAUGCAUUCCACUUGACUAAGACGCCCAAAGUUUGGAUCAGUAUCAUGUUAUAACCUGACAAGUUUAUUGUUCCUAUCAUGUUACAUUAACAUGUUUGAAGGAGUACAUAUACUGUUAGCUCCAUAAACAUAGAAUGAUAAUUGACUCAUUUCUGAUCAUAGAAAAGGUGAAGAAGGUCUCAUUAUUUGACUUAUUUCUACUUCAUGUUUGGGUUGAGACACGGUGUGAUUCUGCUGCUGUUUGAUGGUCUUAUGGCGUAGCUCUGUGUGCUUAAGUGUGGGUCGAAGAGCAAGUAAGAGUGAUCUUGAAAGUGGGACAUUUGUGUGUGAAGAUAAUAAAGCCUUUAACUAGGGCUGGGCGAUAAAUUGAUAACAAUAUAUAUCAAAAAUAAAUUUCCCUUGAUAUCAAUUUAAAAUAUGGUUAAUAUGCUUUUCAAUAGUCUGCAUUCUGCCAUGUUUUGAUAAUAUACGAAUAGCCAAUGAAAAAGGGAGUUGCUCCGGGUCUCGACUCUCUGAACCAAUCAUGUGAUGAAUUAGAACCAAGUAGCAGGCUGCAGCUACAUGCAACCAAAGCACUUUAACAUGUGAAGCCGACAGCACUGUCAGUGAGAAAAAAAGAAAAUGAGUGCUACCCCCAGCAGAAAUGCAGAUGAAGGCUCAACAGAUGACGACAUUGUCAACAACACUGGUACGAAAACAUCAGUGGUGUGGAGGUAUUUUGUUUUUCUGAGGUCAGACAUGAAGCAGAGUAAUGUGAACUGAAAAUUAUGUCGAGUACAUGUCAAACAUCAUGUAAGAGUUACAGGGAAUAUACUUAAGAUUUACAAGUGAUUUUUUUAUAUCGUUAUAUAUAUCGAUAUCGACUGAUAUGAAAAAAAUAUAUAUACUGAUAAACUUUUUCUUGUGUUGUGGUGGAAAAGGUAUCUCUCGCCUCUUUUCCAACUUUAUCCUGUAGAUAUGUUGAUGAGGAUUUUGAAGAAAACCUCUCUUUACACUUUCUUUUAGUGAAAAAACAAUCUUGAUAGAUGUUUGUCAAAAGAAAUGUAAAAAGAAGAAGCUGUUUCUGUGGCGUGUUAUCGGUCACUAUGUUCCACACCUACCUGGUGGGAGCAGCUUCAAGCAGUGUUUACCUCUAAGGCCUCAUAAGCUUUAGUUCAGAUAAAGGCAUCUGUAUUAAGUUUUGUGAAUUAAACCAAACUUCUUUACAUUUUAACUUUUGCUCAAAAACUAUUUAAUUCAGACUUGCAAUAUUUUUGCUACAUAUCAGCUGGAUUGCCAUAAACAGUAGUGUCUCAGAGUAGCUCCAGAAGCUGCACAAGCCUAUAGCUCAGUGUGGACAGUAGUAUUAUAUUCCUGGUAUUACAGGAUUCAUUCUGGGGUCAGUUAUUGUCCUGAGAGAAGGCUGAGACAAUACUAGCAUCACUUACAGAUCACACACCCAGUCAGCUUCACUUCUCUAAUGAGCCUCGAGUGUGGCGGACGGGUCUCAGGAUGAAGAGAUUUGCUGGAUUACAAAGACUGCAGACAGCAAAAAAAAGAAGCCUACAGCCAAUUAGCUAUUCACAAUUAGAGGCCUUACAGUGGGAAUGGACAGACAGAUCUGAGAUUUUCUACAGACACCUUGAGCUUGAGAGUGAAAGAACGAGCUGCUGAUACUGUGUGAGUGUGUUUGCUCUGCUCUGAUUAAAAAGUCCACAAGAAGUUGUGUGUCUGGUGUUUGUCAGUGAAAGGAGACAAGAUAAGCCAGGUCAGGGAUUGAUGUUUGUGAUUUCAUCCGUGUGUGUUUGCAUGUUGAUGUGUAGAGAGCUGUCUGUGGGUGCUGCUGACAGUUGCCCCUGACAUACGAACCUGUUAAGAUUCAUGCCCAUGUUAAGUUUUAGAGCCAGCAGUGUGGAAAGACAGAUGUGGGGAGGAUAUAAAAGGGAUGGACAGACAGAUAGACAAGCCUAAAAACAGGAGUGUUGACUGAGGGAAAAUGAAUUAUAUGGAAGAAGGCUUGCUGAAGGAGAAAAAAGCAACAACAGGAGUGUGUUUUGUGAUUCAAUUUAGAAUCUUUUGCAUGAAAAACUACAAAAAAAAAAUCAUUUGUAACGUCAGCAGUUUUGUCUCAGUUGUGCAACAGUCAAAAGAGGGCUGGGUUAAAGUAGACCAAAGCAAUAGAGUGUCCUGAGAGUUGAAGAUGGAUUAAAAACAGCACCAAGAACGGUUACUAUGCCCUGGUUUAGCUUACAUACAUAUGUCACCAUUCUUUACUCCCUAUUCCUCUGCUUGGCUUCACCCUCUCUGCCUCUGUCAUCGCUCGCCAGCAUUUUCUGGAGAGACUGAAUUAUUCAAGUGGUGAGAGAGAGAGAGUGAAAGAUCUAAAGUAAGAAGACUGCUGCAGCCUCGUCUUCAGAGAUACGGUAUCUUGGAUUGCUUUUUUGGUCAUUCACAGACACAGUGACGUAAAAUACACAGAAAUUUUCAGGAAGCUGCUUCACUACAUUUUGUUUUUUUGUGUUUGCUGUCAAAGAUUUGACCGAGCCGCUGUUGCAUAUUAAGAAAUCAAAAAGAGUUCUUUUCAUGAAACAAAGUAAAAACAGAUUUUAAUAAAGUAAAAACGAUCUGGAAAAAAAAUGUAUAUUUGAAUUGACAUACCAAUAACCAUGUCCAACAUUUCACAUUAUUUGCACAAUUAGGAGCAUUCAUUUAUAACAGACCCCCCCCAACGUGUCAGUUUGAAUCUCUAGGACCAUCACACUGAUGGACAGUUGUCAAAAUGCCAUUGUCCAUAAUUUGUAGUUGAUAAAAACUUUAUUUAAAGAGAUGCUGUUAUGCUUUUUUAUAUUCUAGCAACAAAUGUUACGUUAAAAUCUUGGAUGUCAGUGUUUGCAUGAUUAAAGUUUCAGAUUGUAAGGUUAAUAAGUGCUGAAAUGAUCCCCAGAUGGGACUAUGGGUUGCUCUGAAUGGCUUGUUCAAAAAGUCUCAUGAGAUCAAAAUGAGAUUUGCUCAAAUCAUGACAUUACCAGACAGUGGAUCUCCUGUAAAUAGCAAAUUUGUCAUUUUAUAAAAUGAAAGACAACUUUUUUUUCAUGGCAACAGUGAAGGAGGCUUCCAGAAUGCUUGGUUCUGGAAUGCAUUUGGGCCUUAAUGCUGCAUUCGAGUUACCUCAAAAGUCAGAAGUCCGAGCUGGGAAUGACGUCACACCCGAGCUACCAGUGUUUCAGUUACCAAGUCGAAAAAAGCAAAACCGUGGGUGGAAACAAGAUGGCUACAUCUACGAAAGUUAUUUUAGCACUUGCCUUGUCGUUGCUUGUAUUCGGACAAGGCAAGCGCUAAAAUAACUUUUGUAAAUGUAGCCAUCUUGUUUCCGCCUCUGAUUUUGCCUUUUUCCGACUUGGUAACUGAAACGCUGGUAACUCGGGUGUGACGUCAUUCCCAGUUCGGACUUCUGGUUUCCAAAGUAACUUGAGUGCAGCAUGAUACGACAGUAGCUUAAAUGAAGCAUCUCUGACAGAGGCUGAAAUGAUGGUUUUCAAAGACAGCAGAGCUCAAGGAUCUGAGUUUCUUGGAUCCACUUUAUAAAAACAUUUUACAGAAGGAGAAAAUAUUCAGCAUGUCGCUCUAUCCGCAGUGUUGGUUUGGCAUGUGAGGUGAGAAUCCUGUCUACAUAACAAUGCAGAAGGACAGAGGUGUCCCUGAGCUCAAAGGUAGCUGUCAGUUAGACAGUACUGAGCUCUGGAUGCUGCUCCCUGCAGUCCCCCUCCGACUGCCUCCUAACAUCUCUGUGUUCCUCUCAGUCUGUUUUUCUCGGUCUUCCUUAUUUUCAGUGAUUGGUGGUAUUACAUGCAGAGGCAUUGUGUACUCUGAUGCACCACUCAUUCUGGCUCUUGUUGGAAAUGAUGAAUAGAAAAUAAUAUGACAGGACUGGGUGUGUGUGUGUGUGGAGCUGGAGAGUCUGCAUGACUCCUAUCGGCCAUAUGGUAAAUCCAUCUGCCCUCCUUCCGUUGAGGUAGGAAAAGUUUCACGACAUUAGUUAAGUGUGUCCCAAACCAGCCCAUCACCGUCCGAGCUGAUCUAGUUCUAAAGUGUCUGAUUGUGUUAAAUACUGUAGGAAGUCCAGUGAACAAGUAGACCACAGUUGUUGGCCACACAGAGCAGCAGAAUAUAAGUUCCCCAGCUAAGAACGUGAUGUCCCUGGCUGUUAUGUGGCUGAUAAAUCUUGCACUUCUUUAGUGUGUGAGUAUUUGCGUGUUCAUGCUGACAACUUGCAGCGAGGAUUUGUGAUUUUGGCUUGCAUAUGCAAAAAACACCAUAUGUUUUGCCCUCAUGUUUCUUCUUAGACACCUUUUCAACCCCCGCCUGCACCUGGGCAUCUGCAACUUCAUUUCUGCAUCUCUUUGUUUUUACUUACAGUUAUUUAAAAAUACACAAAAAUCAAACUUUUAUUCUAUGUUUUUGAGUGUAACAUCACACUUCAACUGUAAAAGCUAGGAAGCUGUGACAAAUUAGUAAAAUUAUUGUAUUUUGCAUUGUUAUAGACUGGAUGCUCCAGUAUAAACAAGCUGUCAUUUGACUGGAAAUAUCGAUCCAUAGGAGAUCCUCAUGUUUGGAUUUGUGGGGAACUAAUUUAGCCCUUUGCUAAGUCAUGGUCAGAGUUUUAGUCUGUUCCUACAUAUUAAAAUCUGAUGAUACAGUUUUCAUACUAAAUGUUUUGCUUUUUCCACAAUGCAUUGCAAAAAGAAUGUAAUUGAGCUCCUCAUCGCUUUAGAAAAACUAUUUUUUUAAUUAAAUUUGAUGGUGAGGCAUCCAUGACCUACAUACUACUUCAUCUUUAUCUUUACUCAAUCAAAACUUCAGAAUCCCAUCUGUCAUCCGUGCUCGCAUCCACAGUCCUGAUUUGUGGACUAUAUUACCUGCAACCCAGGGAUACAACGACAACUAAGAGAUUCUUUACUGGUUUAACUUACUGGUAAAUCUGGAGCUGAUUAGUGAAGGGGAUGAAGCCAAAGCCAAAUACUAACAUGAUCAUAAUGAUAUUGCUAAAAUUAUUACUCUAAAUGUGACUUAAGGUUAGUUAUGCGCGACUAACUCUUAUCUUCAUCUCCUAAUUGGUGCUUUUUCAUCACUCACUGAACACAACAACUCCUAUGGUGCUAGUUUGUUCAUUACGUGCUGUGAAAAGAUGGUGGUCCCUGUGAAAGGGGACUGUGAGAAAUAUAAAAGGCUCAUAUAAAGGCUCACAGAUACUGAUUAUUAGAAGUUCAUGAGGCAGAUAAUAAACAUUUGGAACAGAUCUGCAUUUACUGUAAAAAUAAUUAUCGUUCUGUCAAAGUUAAGAAUCUGAAAUAUUACAAAACUUUUUUUAAUGCAAUGUUUGAUCAAAACAAUGCCCCUCCCCCUUUUUAAAAAUGUAUUUCUCGAUAAAAUAAAAGCAUUUUGCACUGCACCCAGCAUACAGUUGAGGCUAGUGGGAUUGAUUUCAAUUUUGUGAACAAAGUGACAGUUUGACCGGGUUAAAUAUAAAGGGAUCACAAGAUUUUUGUCAAUUCAGCUUCUGUCAAAGUCCUUCUGAUAGUUUUUGUAAUAUUUCAGUAGUUGACAGAUUUGUUCAUUUUAUAAUUUACAUUCCAGCUCGUCUUAUAUGACUAUUAAAGGCUUUCUUGAAUGAAAUAUCUCAAUCAGACUCAGCCCAGCCCAUCAUGUGUUGUCAUAACUGGUCUGUGAUUGUUCAUCAGAUGCUGUGUUGUAAACUGACCUGCAGUUUCUGGAGGAGAGGUUAGGAGACUGUCUGUGGGGGUUGAAGGGUGAAGAAAAGGGUGUGUGGAUGGGGGUGUAGACAGGUUAUAUGGUGGGGGUGUGAGCAUGAGGUGCCAAGAGGAGGAUUUUCUUUCACUCUAAGGGAAAAAGAAAAAGCUCAGUAAGCGUCAAGGCUGAUGGGAUUAAAAAAAAGGGUCUCUGUGGCCUGGAGCCAACUUCAUGUUUUCUAAACCUGGACCGGUUCAUUUACACAUGCAGAGAAAAGGGGAGUAUGAAAGCGUGUUACCCCUCCCCUGUUUUAUAUUCAUGAGCAGCCAGUCUGUGUCUGAAGUACCAUCUCCCUUGGCAACCCAGGCUCCGCCCCUGUCUCUUUGUAGCAGGACAUAUGAACGCCAUCUGUGUUUAGACCCUCACUCUCCACCCAUGUUCACUCCCUGCAGAGUCUAUAUGCUGUGUAUGUAUUUUCCAAUGGGGUCGUUUGACUGGGAGUAAUGAUCCAGAGAACAACAAAGAAACUGGACGAGAAAUUAUUCCAUUACAAGAGUCAAUUUAGGAAAAACUGCUCUGAUGAUGAUGAUGAUGAUGAAUAGUGCAGUGUGCAUGUGCAAAUAUCACAGACUCCUUAGAACUGUGGUCUUAUUAAUCAUCAGCUGCUAAACUCUCAGUCAACAUGAAAGUGUCACAUCAAAGACGUUAGCUCCAAUUAUGACUGCUGCAAUUUAGGCUGGUGGCUGCUAAUCCAGACGCUCGGUCCACAAGGACUACAUCAAAGAUAAGACAAAACACUGGAGCGCUAAAAGAUUCAUUUUAAUAGAGUGCUCAGUUAUUAAUUGGCUUUGGUUUUGCUCUUAAGCCUGUGUUGUGAUAACUUAAGUAUUUACCCACAGAGCAGAUCAGGGUUCAGGGCAGAAGUCUAUAGGUCUGUAUUCUUACUGUAACUCUUGAAGUGCAGAGAAAAGCAGGGUGCUGCUUUUAAAAUGUUUGAUAUUUUAGAGUUGAAGUUAGAGCUUCAUCAAAUUUGCAAAUAGUUUUCACAACAGAUUUAUUUUUAAAAAUAUUUACAAAUUGCAUUAUGAGUCCAGCUUCUCCAAUUUAUUGAUCAUCUCUAUCGCCAAAUUAAUAUUUUUAUUGUAUAUCAAUCCUGUGACCGUGAGUUUAGCCUUGUUAAACAAUCCUGGCACAGUGGUGUAGUGGUUAGCACUGUCACCUCACAGCAAGAAGGUCCUGGGUUCGAAUCAAGUCAGGGUGUUUCUGUGUGGAGUUUGCAUGUUCUCCCUGUGUCUGCGUGGGUUAACUCUGGGUACUCCGGUUUCCUCCCAUAUCCCAAAAACAUGCAGAAGUGGGGUUAGGUUCAUUGGCCACUUUCAAAUUGCCCGUAGGCGUGGGUGGAUGGAUGCUCGUCUUCAUAUGUUAUGAACUAGUGACUUGUCCAGGGUGUCCCCUGCCCUCGCCCGAAGAUGUGCGGAUAGGCUCCGUGACCCCCAACGGGAAUAAGCAGUAGAAAAUGAAUGAAUAAAUCACCUUCAAUCUUGACUUUUUUUCUGAGUGUUUUCCCACUUUUAACUUGUUGGAAUUAAAUUUUUGUUAAAAACAUACUCAACAAGAACUACUGUGUGCCCUAUUUUACUGCAUUUAUGUCUACACAGCAGUUGGUAUACACGUCUUGUUUUUGAUACCCCAUAAACAGACAAGCAGAUGUACUUUAACGUGUUUUAAUGAAAACUAAAAGGACAAGAGUAGAAAAACAUUUGACAAAAACAUUGACCUUUUGUGGAAUAAUAUGACUGUGGAGAAAGGUUGAUCAGUGCUCAUUAGGAAGCAAGAGAUUCAGUUUGGCUCAAUCACAAGUACUAUCACCAUUGAAAAGCAGAAUGACAUUACAAAGUGUGAGAGGAACAGUACUUCCAUUUUUUAGUGUUAAUAUUAUGCCUCAUAAUUUAAGAAAAGUUAUGCAACAGUGAUUAAAAUCUGCUCUUUAAAUCCAUUCAAACGUUUCAAAAACUCCUCAGUGUCAUCUUUUCGAUGUAAACAUUGAAAUUCAAGUUAAUAUAAAGGACUGAGUAAUAGUGUUUUAACAAUAUAAAAGCUAACAAAGUCACCAAGCAAAGACGAUGUGAACUGGCGCAAUAUUCACAUAAUUAAUUAGUGCAUUAAAAACAUAAAGAGCUGCUCCUCAAAGGGACAGUGACAUGAAGGCAAUAACAAUUCCGUUACACAUUAAACACAUGAUUCAGUUAAGAGGCUUUUCAACAAAGCCACAAUUACCUAUAACAACAGUGUUAUAUUUAGUCGUCAGAUGAUUUUGACAUUUCAGUGUUCACUCACGGUAUACAACAUUAAUAAACGUAACAGGGUUAUAAAAUUGCUGUCUUUCUGUAGCGUUUUUGGCCGCCAGAAUAAGUUACUGUGACCCAUAGGCGAGAAUAGUUGAGCUCCUUCGACUUUUUACGCUUAAAGCUGAUCAGUUGGUACACAAGUCAUUUAGGCAGGAGCUAGUGUUACAGUAUUUUGUGCUUGUUAAAGAGUGAGAUGACAACAAAAGACAAUUAAAGGUUUCUUGACUGUUUUUGGCAACAACAACAACAACAACAAAAAAUAAAAAUAAAAACAAACUCAUUUCCUUCUCUACAAUACAGCUCAAUACAGUGUUGUUUCAUCAAUAUUUUAGUGAUUUUUCUUCCAAAGAAAACUUCAUCCUUCAUAAUGCUCCUCCAGAGUUGUACUGAAUCUCAUCUAACCACCUAUAAUCUGCACUUUACAGACCUAGACUGACUGACUGUUUGAAGGUACCACUCUGGGGGCUGAAAUAGCUCUCAGAUUAUUAACUUCCAUCAAUCAUACUCUAUUACUUGUAUCAGAGGUGAAUGUGAUGAUAUCAGCUUUCCUCUUUCUUCUUACUGUCCCUGGGUCAGGACGGGAAUGUCAAUCUCAAUGGCAGACAUGCGUGAGCGGGAAGAAUAACGAUGACCUGCAUAGCUGGAUGCGUAGCCCUGAGAAGGGGCAUAGCUCUGUGAGGGUGCGUAACUCUGUGAGGGAGCGUAACUCUGUGAGGGAGCGUAGCUGUAGGCCUGGGUCCCUCCCACUUCUGAACCAUACCCGUCUGGAGCAGAAAUCUGAGACAUGUACACCUGAGGCGGUGCAGAGGUGAUUACACUUUGCGCAUAGCCCUGAGAAGGCAAAUAAGGCUGGGUGUCGAUCACAGUGGGAGGAUAUGUUUGUGGCGGGAAUGGCUGAGGACCAUAAACUGGCGAGGGAGGGUACCCGUUGGCAGUGAGAGGCUGUGUGGACAGAGAGGUAGACAUAGAUGGCAGCGGCAGCCAGAAAGGCGAAGGCAACUUUUUACACAUACAAUACCACAUAAACAUCAACAGAGCGGCCAGCAUUAGUCCUCCAGAGCAGCCGAUGGAUACAUACACAGCAAAGCCAUCAGAGAAAAUGUUGUCGUAUCUGAUGUUCAUUUCCUUGGUGCGAAACAGGAACCAGACUGAUGGAGCCAAGGCGAUAGCUCCUCCAAGAAACAAAAACAUCCCUGCCACCAAGUGACAGCCCGCACUGUUGACCAGGAAUUUGAGGGUCUUAAUGUCCGGUUCAGGCUUAUCUGAGCAGCAGCAGGUCUUACACAUUCCUGACAUGCACAGCAGCAGAGCCAGAGAACCAAGCAGAAGGCUUGUUGGGAGACAGAACUGCAGUAACCGUAAAUCCAGCUGGUCCACUUUGGAGUACCACUGAAAUAUAAGAGGACAUGAUUAUUACUUUGUACUAUAAAAAGAAAAAAGUAAAGGUAAAACAGAGCAAUUUUCAUGGAAGAAUACCUCUGAAUCAUAGUGGUAGCAUCCUGAAUAGCCAUCCUGCUUCACACAUUUAGCCCACAGCCCAUCAUACACACUGAUAUUCUUGGCAUUACGAUUGAAGGUGACGAGUCUGGUUACACGCCACUGUGGGACUAAUGCUGCCACAGCAAUCCCUCCCACAGACACAAUGGCAAUGAUGAAGGCAAACGCGUUGGUGGCGUGGAUGUCCCGGCACGACAUAACGGCUGCUGACAGGAACUGAGGCCAAGUUGAGAGUUCCUGAUUGAGAGGAUGAAGGGAGUCGGUUAAAUGGAAACUAAAAAGCCCAAAAGGUGAUUUUAGAAAAAAAAUAAAGCACAAAGAACUCCUGAUCCACAGAAAAAUGCAGUUAUACAAGUUUCUUUCUACGGCCUGAUUAUUAAUAUAGCAAGAUAACAGUGCCACAGCUUGACCCAGCUAUGGGUAACCCCCCUGUUUUUUCUUCUCACCACAGUGUAGCUGACCCAAUAUCUGCUAUCCCCGAGAAACAAUGCUCUCAUUUCAUCAGCAAACAAAGAAGGGGUGACGUUGGCUCAGAGGUUGCAGGGGAAAAGUGUCUAUACUGCAGUACUUUACAUAGACUUCAUAGCUAAACAAUAAGCUAUUGAGUUAUCUGCAUUAAGUUGCUUUGUAUGACAGCAUGCAACAGUGACUGACAAAGCUCUGAGAAAAGUCCUGAGAGUAUCUCAAGUCAUACCAUGUAUCUGUUUUGCAUUUUGUUUAAUUCAUACUUCAGCCAAACGCUAUUCUGUCACACUGGACGGUCAAAAACAAUUCAGCUGGGCUUGGAUGUCAGGCACUUGUUAGACUGGACAUCUGUUAUAAUGCAGUUCUGGUACAGUACAGACUAAAGAAAGGUCACAGCCCAGUUUUUUUCAGGCAGUUUAAAGGGAUAUUCCAGCGUAAAAUUAAGUUAGGGUCAAACACACCAUAACACUGAGUUAGACACCCCCGUGGAGAGAUGAAUGUUGCCGACCGAGUGCUUCUCUAGUUAUACCAACUUUAGUAACAACCGUAGGAUAGCAAUACAGAGAGCCACGCGCUCAACCAAAACGCCACUCUAUAGCCACAAAUAAUGCUCAGAACAGCACCUAACUUCAUCAACAGUACAUAUAGGGUUCCAGCCACCAAACAUCUUUUUAACUUUGCCUAAUUUCUUUAGCAAAGAGACUAAACACAACUCACCUACUCUCUUCCAGCAGCCACUUGUUUGUACAGAGACCUCUGGGCGAGUCUAUGGACUGCAGCAGGGUGACACAGCUCAAGGAAGAACAUUUAUAAUCAUUAAUUUAUCAUCUCCUUGAAGUAAUAAUCAUCAUAUUAAUCAUUUCGCACUGCAGACGCGGUAGUUCUUCUGCAUUAGCGUUUCUGUUUGAUUGUGUUUUCCAUGAAGAAAUAAUCAUAAAUGUUCUUCCUUGAGCUGCAUCACCCCACUGCAGUCUGUAAUGGACUCACCUGAGGUCUCGCUACAAACAAGCAGCUGCUGGAAGAGAGUGGGUGAGUUGUAUUUAGUCUCUUUGCUAAAGAAAUCAGGCAAAGCUAAAAAGAUGUUUGGUGGCUAGUACUAUGGCUGGGACCCUAUAUGAACUGUUGAUGAAGUUAGGUGCUGUUCUGAACAUUAUUUGUGGCUAAAGGGCGUGGCUCUCUGUAUUGCUAUUGUGUGGUCAUUACUAAAGUCGGUAUCACUAGAGAAGCAAGCAGUCGGCAACAUUCAUCUCUCUCGGGGAUGUCUAACUCGGUGUUACAGUGUGUUUGACCCUAAAUUAGUUUUACGCCGGAAUAUCCCUUUAAAUAUAAUGCAGCGUGUCAAAAGUAGAGGAAAGCAGACUUUUGCAACAGGGGCAAGUCAUGCUUAUAUUAUUCAAGAGCUUACUUCUACUUCCCACUGUCAAUUAUAUUGUUAUAAUCCACGCAUGUUAAUCCCCUUAGAAGUGAAUAAUCCCACUCCUUGCUCAUAAUGAUGUUGUGAAAUAAUAGUGGGUUGACAAUCGUAGUUCAGGACCUUUAGACACUUUGUUUUACUCACAGGGAACCCUUUGUUACAGACAUCCUAUACACUGCUGACAUUUAUUAACAAACAGUAACCUUUAUACCGAGUGGAUGAGUAUUUUGGGUGAUAAUACUCCCAAAUAACCUCAGACAUGUCCGCUACUGUAACGUUAUGCUAAUUAACAGCUAAAUUAGCCUGUAAACUGUUAUACAAAAGAACACAAAUUAACUUAUCCAUUGCUGUAUGUGUUUACAGUACAAGAUAAAACCUAAAUUAAGACACGAAAGUGCCAAGGAGCCAACACUUACCGAGUCUGUUAGCAGUUAGCUACAGUUAGCAUUUCAACCUGUUGCUCCUGGUAUUUUCUCCUUAAGCUAAAACACGACAACAACAAUGAUUAUUGACGUCUGUACCUUUUAGAUCCAGCAGGUCAGUCGUGGUCGAAUCGCAUUCAACAUAUCACUUAUUCACACAAGCUUCAGCCCAGGACGUUUGAGACAAAAUUACAGUAGAUAAGCCCGUAAACAGACAGGAUGUGGCCUCUUAACAGCCGAGAGUACAGGGCAUCGGUGCAGCGAUGGUGGUUUACGCAUGCGCGGAGGAGUUUUGGUUUGGAGGGCUGUUAUUAUACUCCUCAGCUCUUACUAUCAAUGUACACAGGUGAAGUGGAAUAAUGAUUUGCCAAAUCUGCUUAAAGACUUUAAUUGUGUUAGACCGACCAGCUUUAACAUUAUUAACAACCCUGAUGCAACCCAUCACAACAGUUAGAUCACAAAUUCUACUUUUGGCUGAAAAGAAUGUUGAUGUUUUUAAGAAGAGGCUCCACCUUCCAGGCUUUUCACUAAUUGCCUUUUUGUAUUUCUCUUACUGCAAAUGUUCAUUUUAAUCGAAGUUCUUAAUUUUUUUGUCAUUUUAUUAAUUAUCUCUGUUCUUAGUCUUUUUCUUAAUUCCCAUCUUAGAGGUUUUGACUUCUUUUACCCCUUUUACAUGGUAAAGAGCUCUUACUUAUCUGUUCAUUAAAUAUUAUUUUCUUGUUUUAGUCCAUCAGGUUUUAGUCUUUCUUUUUAUCUUCUUUAUCUCCAGUGUUUCCCAAAGGUAGCUCUUUCCUCACGUUAUGUCACGGUGCAUUUUUUGUCUGAAAAGUGCCAUAUAAAAUUAAGUUGAAUUUGAAUUUUGAACCUCGACAUUUUCAAUUUUUGUUGACAUGGCUAGACAUUUGAUAAUUGUUCUUUAAAUGAACUGUUAAAGUUUUAGUAGGUGGUGGGCUGGAGUGUAAUAUAUUGAAAUAUUUUUGUUUCCCCUAUUGUUUGUUGAUUAAGUGAACAAAAUAUAGAGAGCGUAUAAUUAAACCCGUUCCAGUACACCACCAUCACCAACCGCUAAUAGUAAGUAAGUAAGUAAGAUAUAAAGAUAUAAAGUACAAUAAUCACCUGUCUGAUCAUAUCAACAACAACUAAAGCUGUAGGGGCAUCUGGAAUACUGAAUUUGUGUCAAUGCUUUUAUAUUAGAUCACAUUCUCUCCCAAGGAUUUCUAAUGUUAUGGUUGGCUGCUGUAGAUCUCUUGUCCGAUGUUUUAUCUCCUCUGCUCUGACUUUGACUGAUGUGCCCACAGUUUUAAAUGGAGAAUGUGUGUGUGUUUAUGACUGGUGUUAAUAAAUGUACUACAUCAGACACUUAAUAAGGUCCUUUUUUGUGUCUUUCAGGGGGAUGUCCGCAUUCACAUGAUCUAUAAGUCUGUGGGGCAAGAGGGACUUAAUGAUCUCUUCAAUGGUAUGAUAAGACUAUUAACAUAGGGAUUUAUGAUCUUAUAUCUACUUACAUUGUGCAGAAAUAUCAAUCACAAAUGUAUUAUUCUGUCUUCUAGGUGAACUUCCAGAACCGCCUUUUCCCAGCCCUCCUUUUCCGGGGGCAAAAGUUGUUCACAGAAGAAAAAAGAGACAGGUAUGCUCCUCUGCAAGUUAAAUCAUUGUAACCAAUAGAAGUAUCUUGAAAGACUCAGUGUGACUUAAACUUCAAAUGAAUACAUACGUGAGUGUGGGAUUGCACUGUUCCCUUAGUGUAUGCCUCCAAGAUACUUCACAAAGCCCAGACAGAGCACUGUUCCUAAACUUUUCAAACAACUGCUCUAGACCUCUCUCUCCUCUUCGUCUCUGUCAUUAAAUAUUUACCUUGUGAGCUGCAGCUGCUUCAAACUGUGUAUUCUUUUCUCAGACACAGUCAGAUGUCUGCAGCUGUCUCUCCCUUAAAGCUGCACACAUCUUAUUUUUUAAUUUGGAAAACUAGCAGACUGGUUAAUGAGUUUAAUGUUAUUGCACUCCAUUUCCUCUCUUUUUUCUGUGACACAUAAGACUAAAAGCCAUCUGAUGUGUUGGUUUUUUGAAGUCCUCCCUGAUGUCUUCUGUGACAAAACCAGUAAACUGUGUUGUUACUUUUUAGGUUUCACAUGCAUCAAGAAGCGUAGAAGAUGAGACCAAAUAUAUUGAGCUGAUGGUGAUCAAUGAUCAUCUAAUGGUAAGACUAUAACCAUACACAUAAAUAUGAUAUGGAUGUACAAACAAGAUAAUAUUCUUUGAAUGAAAAAACAUUUACUCUUUCAUGUAAGUUAAUAUAAGGCCAAAAUAUGCUAGAAAAAAUGUGAAAAUAUGCUUGUCAUGUUCCUCUCUUAGCUUCUGAAUCAUAAAAUCCACUUAAAUAAGUAUUUGAUUAAUAAUAUUUAUAGCUACUACUGGGCAUUUACCCUAUAAUUUCACCAUAUCAGGAUUAAAUGUAAUAUUUAGUAUGUAAGUGCUGUGAAUCCAUUGAAAAUUCUCUGACAUGAUUCUUACAUAUUUAGGUUGUCUCUUUGUCAUGGCUGUGUUGAUGAGGUUUAUAGAAAAAAAAGGUUAGACCAACUAUGAGGAUUUCUACAUAAUGUUGGAAGGACUGAGAGACACCAUUGUAAAUUAAAUCAAUACUCGCACUCUUAAUGCACUCUGAAUUCUCCAUUGAAUGUACAUGAAACAGACGGUUGUCAUGCGAACAGCCCUGAAUAAAAUCUCCUGGAUGUGAAAAUGUUUCAUACACAUCAAACUGAUUUGACUUUUUUGAGCAGAAGCAAAUGUGCAGACACCUGCUCCUUUUGAAGGUUUAAGAUGAAGCUGCACCAGAAUGUGAAUCACACUUCUGUUUGUUUCCUCUCCACCCUCCUGUCUGCUUUUCUCUCUCUGUCUCUGUCUCUGUUUCUCUCUGUCUCUCCAUUUCUCUCCUCAGUACAAGAAGUUUCGGCUUUCCAUCGGGCACACGAAUAACUAUGCUAAGUCAGUGGUCAAUAUGGCUGACAUGGUAAGAAUUGUAUUGAUCUCCUUCUUGGAAAGCUUACCACAAGCACUCCCAGGUAUUGGAGUUGCACAUUGCUUUGUUUUCUGCUUUAACCAACGACUCUCAGCAGUGAAAACCGCUUAUGGCUCAUGAUUUGCUGCAAAAAGCCAUUAACCAUUCUGAAACAGCAGUGGCAUCCCAACAUCGCUGAAGCAGAUAUUUUCAUGUUUCAUUUACAGGUAGCCACAUUUGUGUGUUGUGCUGCUGAAACCUGACCUUCUGCAGGGUCAUGUCUGUAAGCUGAUAGGCUUGAGAAGCUGAGGAAAGGUUGUGCUUUUUGCCGUGUCCUUGAGGAGGAUCAUAUGAAGCAGACACUGUUUGGGAAGUUCACAUUGAUUUCCAUGUACGAGUAUAGAAUAGUCGCUUUUUCCAGGGUGUGCUAUACCACCAUGUCACUGAGGCCACACUCACAAUGACAUCAAGUGUUGUAGAUAAUACAGAGAAAAAUGAAAAGGGGGGAAAUGACCUUUAACUGAGUGACAUGUGAUGGAUAAGGGAGGCAUGCACUAACUUAUAAUUGACUUUGUUGAUGCUUCUGAGGUACUAUAAUGCUCCUAAUGGAUUGGAUUUGCUCAGCUGCCAUAUUAUGACAUAAACUUUAAGAUAAAAUACAUUUCAAGAGAACUAUCAUAGAGGUUAUAUGUAUAUUUUUAGGCCCAUGUAUUACAUUAGUGUUCAAAUCAUCUUGAAAAAAUGAAGUGAUUAACUUGAGUGCAUAAUCUCAAUGACAUUUGCAAAGUAUAAGGACUUUAUAAGAAUUAUGCCUUUGUUAUCAUUCAGUCCCAGCAUUCCCUGGUAGAGAUGUUUUCAAGUUAACUUUUAAGUCACAAAGCAAUCUGAUUUUCCCUCAAAAAGAAAAAAAAGUGACCUUGUAUUGAUAGCAGGGGAAACAUGGAUGAGUGUCACUGCACUGAUUUCUGCUGCUCUGUCAGGGUUUCUAAAGUGCAGUGAGCUCCUCUCAGUAACCAGACAGCAGGAAGGAGAGAAAGUUUCAGGAAAUAGUGCUGAUAAAAGAUCUUUAGAGUUUUUCCAUUGCUCUUUGUCAAUGAAACUUUCUUAAAACUAGAUGCUAAGCUGUGUUUCUCUAAAAUAAUAGUCCCAAAAACUUGAAUCCUGGCAGCUCUGAAUGUGCACAAAUCAAAGUAAGAGUAAGGUUGUAGCAGCCAGAUGAGGACUGAACCCUGCACAGAUCACUUACCUCUUUUCUUUCUGCUUUGUAAGCUUUGUUUUUGAAACUCUUGGCAUUCAGCUCAAACAAAGAGGAUUUUCUGUUGUCCUCUGUUUGUCUUGCCUGCAACCCAAACAGAUUUUCCACUUAUAAGAGCAAACAUCAUUAUUUGACGUCCAGUUUGCUCCUGCGUGUCCUUCAAACAGUCACCCUUGCAGACUCCACUGCCUGUAAUGUGCUGCUGUCUGCUGGCAGGAUCAUAUUGAUCUUUCUAGCGGUUUGAAGGAGGAUUUUGUGACAAACAGCUGGAGAUGUUGAUUUAAAUGAGACAUGCCAGUCAGUGUGUAUGUCAGUCAGUCCACUUUCAGCCAAUCAAAGGCUUUCAACUUGAAGCGGUUUGGCUUUCAAAGAAAUCUAAUUUUUUAUUAUAUCUGCUUUAAUUCCCCAGAUUUUCAAGGAGCAGCUUAAUACCAGAAUUGUGCUUGUUGCCAUGGAAACGUGGUUAGCUGACAACAAGUUUAACAUUGAUGAUGAUCCCAUGGUGACGCUGAGGGAGUUCAUGAAGUACAGAAAAGACUUUAUCAAGGAGAAAUGCGACUCUGUUCAUCUCUUCUCGUAAGUGCAGGACUUCGCUGUUUAUUUGAUGACCCUGAUUCAUUUCUUUUUUCAUAAUUUCAUAACUUUUGUGACUUUUCAGGGGGAAUCGGUUUCACAGCAGCUGGGGGGGAGCUUCGUACAUGGGGGGAGUUUGCUCCUUGACGAAAGGGGGAGGGGUCAAUGAGGUGAGCAGCAAAUUUGUGGUUACAAGUUUUUUAAAAAAGGGCCUUGUCUGUGAUCUUUUCCAGAUUUAUCUUUUUUAUUUUUUUAUCUGUCUCCUGCUGUUUCCCUCUUUGUUGUCUUUCCAUUUGUCUGCUUGUCUGCUGGCCUGUCUCCUCUUUAGUACGGGAAAACAGAUGAGAUGGCCAUAACACUCGCUCAGUCUCUUGGACAAAACAUUGGCAUCUUCUCCGACAAGAAAAGGAUCCUUAAUGGUACACAGAGAAAACUUGACACAUCUGUGUUUCCUUUCACAAUUAGAUUUUAAAUCUCUUUUUUAUGUUGAUGUUCGUCAAUCUUUCUUUUCCCAGGUGAGUGCAAGUGUGAUGAUCGAUGGUCAGGCUGCAUCAUGGAUGAUGUUGGGUAAGUUUCUUUAUGGUAUAAAUGAUCAUCAAAUCUUUACCUUAAAGCCACAGUGGAGACAGUCAACAGAUUGUAUGAGAAAAAAUACAACCGGGGCUAACAGAUUGACAAUGAUCUUCUGGCAAAUUCUAGUCACUACAUCAGCCAUGGAUACAGUUGAUUCCAGGCUUCCUGGACAUUUGUCUGCUAAACAGUUUUUUAGGUGAUAGUGUUAAUGAAGUAUUAAUGACCUUAGAUUUAAAGAUAAUGAAAAAUCGACCCUUGGAUUGAUUGGAGACAACUUAAUUAUAAUCUAUAUUGAUGCAAUUAAGAUUAUCCAAUAUCAAUUGAUAGUCUUUAUAAAUGAAAUGAACCCUAUCCAACUCUAAAUGUAUAAGGGACAAUUUACAGUGUAACUGGUCAUGCCAUCCUAUGAUUUAUUAAGGCAGGGUUAUCUUAAAGCUAAGGUCAUGUUGGCAAACAUACUGUGACAGAACAGCACGCAAAAAACAGGAGCAACAGCAAACACAAUCCCACAUUACACAUAUAAAACACAGCAUCAGCAACAAAACAAACUCUGACUGUGCCUGUAAUGAAGUGUUGUUGUAGUCCCAUACUUUCCCUCUAGGUGUCAGUCCAUGAUUAUUUUCCAUAGGGCUUGUUUAUGUAACUUCACUGGGCCUCCGUCUGCAUUAAUGUGUUAUAUAAUCUGUUGCUUGCUAAGAUAGAGAUAAGAUAGACCAGUCUGUGUAUGUUUUGUGUUUUCAUGCAGAAAUCAUGAAAGUGUAAGUGUGUGUCCUUCAGUGUGUUAGUUCACUUCUGCAGUGUUUAAACUGUGCAGUAGUUUGACAUAGUGCUGUUGUGAGCACUGGGAUGUGACUGCGAUAUGUGUGUUUGUGUAUGUACCCCUCUUCUUAAAUUCCUCUCACAUUCCCCCCUGUAUCCCGAAUGGGACAGCAGGUGAGCAGAAGCUUGGCUAGAACGUUGCCUGUGCUGAUUUUGAACCAGCUGGCUGCCUUGUAGGGGUUGUCAGUCACCACAACCUUUCCCAUCUCAUCGGACAACACUACAGCCGCUGCGGCCCCAGCUUCUCUUUUUAUUCAAAUGAUAUGAACAAAUACAGUUUGCUGUCUCUUUUUCAUGCGCUGACUGUAUUUUUCAUCAUCAUUUUGUACAAUGUUACAUGUACUUUAUGUGUAUUCCUCAGUUUUUUGGCCGAUGUCACUGGCUGAUCAGCCAAAAACAAAGAAAAAACCUAUAUUUUGAUUACUCCAGUAUUAACUGACUUCUUUCUUUUUAAAAUUCAGGACUUUCAUCAGCUUUGUAUGUCCAUGUCUAACCUAUUGAUACAGUCUGCAAUGUCAUUUAUCUCCCUUUAACAUCAGUGCAGCCCCUUAAUAACUCCAUCCAGAAUUUAUUUUGGUUCCAAAAUAAACAUUUACAUAUAAUACGGUCAUAUGCUCACCAGUGAACAGACCUGGCUAAUAUCUAUACUCUCUAAAAUGAAGUCAAUGGUAUUUCAGACGCUUGUACUCAAUGAGCAAACCACAGUCAUUCCCAUUGACUGAUCUCUCAGAACCGGCAUGUCUGAUCAAUCUAACAGACUACUAACUUUCCUCACCUUUUCUUUCAGGGUUUAGCCACCGUGUGUCUGUGAGAGAGUGUGUAAGAGUGUAUCAGGGCUUAUUGUGGGUGUCCAAACAGAACCAGCAGUAAGUGUGCUAACAUUUGAGCACAUGCAGUGAUCAGGUUAGAAGUCAGACGUGUCUAAAGUUUAGCGAGCCACAUUGAAUGUUCUGCUCAAGAGGGUGACAUAUGAAUUAUAAUGAUUGUGACUUUAAAAAAAUAGAAAUAUGUUACUUUCUGUGGUUGCUUAAAGGUUUCUAAUGUAAUGCAUUAAAACACAAGCAAACAAUAAAUUUAUCAAUGCAGAAACAAGAGGUUAUUCAGGCUGCCAUGCCACCUUAUCACCACCAGGGGGUGACAUGCUGACUGUAAAAGAGUGACACAGGAGAGAGAAAUGUUUUCGGUGUGAGCAAACCUUUUUCUGGAUACAUAAGGUGCUUCAUAUAUGAAGUGAUAUCUCUGAGGUAUAUUUUCCAAUCUAAUACUUUGUCUUUGUGCGGUUAAAUGGAGUCUUAAUAUCAGUAAACUUGGCAAUUGUUGUGAUUCUUCUGGUGACUUCUGGCUAAAUAUUUGAGUACAUCUCAUUUGUGUUUCACUUCCUCUUACUGUUUAAAAGGGGAACUAACACUACAAGAUUUUAACAAGAUUCAAAGGCAAAUCAGACAUAAUAGCUUGGACAGCUUUAAACCUGCCAGGUUUCAGAAAUAAACCUGAAAUAUUGUAGUGUAUUUCAUCCAUCAUCUACCAUCACUGGCCUGUCAUACAAUCAUUAUCUCUGUAGGUGGCCGCAUUUAGUUGCUUUCCAUUUCAAAUUAUGAAAACCCCUCACAGACCCGACUCUCUCCGGCUCCGUUAUUGCAUUGUCUCCUGUGCGGGUCGUGAUGAGCUGCACAACCAGAGGCACUUCAGUUAAACACGUGCUGUAAUCAGCAUUAUGAACAAAGAUAAUAACACUUAACUGCUGCUCACGGUUGGAUUUGUUCAUUAUGAGCAGAGCAGCCAACCCCUGACAUUUGAUUCGAUAGAUUUGCAAAAAUACUUUGGAUUCUUAUAAGCUGCAGGUGAAUGUAAACUACACCUGUAUUUCAUACUUUUGCUUAAAAUCAAUCAGACUAAGGGUCUGAGAGUUUAUUUUAACCACUGAGUUUUAAACAUGAUGAUGCAAUAACUGCUCACAAGUGUAUCAUCCAAUAUAUCUGAUCAUCUCCUGGAAAAAUUAUAAUUCAUAUGUCUUGGAAUCCAUCGACAUCCUACUCGUCUCUGUCUCCGUCUAUGAUCCUCUCAAUCCUAGCUAUUAUGCAUAUCUACCUCCUUGCUAUAGUAAGGACCCUCUCUGAACUGUAAGUAUGGUAAACCUGAAGUAUAACCAGAAAUUUUCAUGGUGUGUAAGAAAUACAAACACUUUAGAAUAAGACAAACUAGCUAUGUCUAUUGUCUGUAACACUGGAUAAAAUGUGGAGUAUGAAAAGUCGAUGUCUGCUUUUUUCCCCUGUAUUUUGUUCGGGGUUACAAGCCUCCUCCUCCUCCAUAUUUUCACCUGUGGAUGCUGUCUGUAUUGUUUCUGCUGUAACAGUGUAAAAUUCUUCCUUUGUGUCGAACAGUUUCUACCUGCCUAAGAGGUUCUCUGACUGCAACGUGGAGGAGUACCACAACUUUUUAAACAGUGGAGGAGGAGCCUGUCUGUUCAACAAACCACUGAAGGUUCAUCUUGCACUCAUUCUAUCAGAGAAACGAGUGUCUGCUUAGUUCUAUUAGUUUAAUCCUGAUCCUGAUCCUGUCCCCUUCAGCUGCUGGACCCACCGGUGUGUGGAAACGGCUUUGUGGAGCCAGGAGAGGAGUGCGACUGUGGCAGCCCAGCGGUGAGUUACAGUUAUCUCAUAGAUGAGAGUAAACAGAUGAUAACAGGGAUGUAAUGUACUGUCCUGAAGUAGAAACUGGAUAAUUAUGCGAGGUCAAACUGACAGGCUAAUUAUCAGACUCUGUCUAGUGAGAGACACAUGUAAUGCACAAUCUUAGAGUUUGUUUAUUUAGACAGAUCAACGUGAAGAUGUUUUAUACUGCUUGAUAAGAUAUUGUAUCUUAAACUGGACCAAGAGCAGAAAACUUACCAGUUUUUUCCUUGUCUUUCAGGAGUGUGCCAAAGAGGGAGAGGCCUGCUGCAACAAGUGCACCCUGACACAAGGCUCCAAAUGCAGCAACGGACUGUGCUGCAAUAACUGCCAGGUACAGAAGACAGAUACAGCUUACCUUUCAUUUUCUUAAUCCUUUCACUUUUUCUAAUUAAGAUGAAUAAUUAUAUUUGCUGGUGCUCUUUUACACUGUGUUUUUGUUCUGGAGCACAAUAAAAGUUUUCAUUCCUUUUUUUCCUCAAUUUAUGAAACUUAAAGUCUCCUUGAUCCUUCCUUUCACUGGUCUUAGAGAUCAUUCACAAUAAGUCUUUCAUACUUCAUUUCUGAAGACAAUGUUUUGGCUUUCCCCCACCUGUCAUAAAUGGACCUGUGGUAGUUUGAUGUAUCGAGAAAAAAGAGAGGAUCCUUAUAGUUAGAGUCAAAGUGACACAAACCCACCUUUACCAACACUUUAAGUCUUUUUUGGUUGUUCUCUCAUAUAUCUUGUUACAGAUGGAGUUCAUGGGAGUUGUGUGCAGGGAUGCAGUGAAUGACUGUGACAUCCCUGAAAACUGCACAGGCAACUCAAGCCAGGUGAGCUCAAACCUCCAUCACACUGAUUUCUGAACCCUCAGGUUUACACAAGUUAUCAAUGUUUCCCUGAAACUUUCGUUUUUUAUUCUCAGUGUCCACCAAAUGUGCACAAGAUGGACGGCUACACAUGUGAAAAGGAUCAAGUAAGAUGUUUACAUGGCAUUUAUGACUUAGUGUAUUUUGUUUGUAAAAGUAAGGCUUUAUUCUGGUGGUAUAUUUCACUCUUUAGGGUCGUUGCUUUAAUGGAAGGUGCAAAACCAAAGACAGGCAGUGCAAGUACAUCUGGGGAGAGAGUAAGUAAAAAAAAAACACAAUACAUCUACUCUUGGGACUAAGCACUAAAUAAGAAAUAAAUAUCAAAUUUGGUUUGAUUGCGUCUCCUCAGAGGCAACAGCUGCUGACAAGUUCUGUUACGAGAAGUUGAACAUCGAGGGGACAGAGAAAGGGAACUGUGGCAAGGACAAGGACACCUGGAUCCAGUGUAACAAACAGUGAGCAGAUCUUUUCUCCGACUUCAACCAGUUUAAAUAACACAUCCUUCGAUUCUGAGUGAUUUUUAUUUUACUUCUUUGUGUUUCAGGGAUGUUCACUGUGGCUACCUGCUGUGCUCUAACAUCUCACCUGCCCCACGCCUGGGAGAGCUACAGGGUGGUCUGACCUCUUUCUCAGUUGCCCGCCACAGUGCUUCUCUGGACUGCAGGUUUGUUUCCCGGUGACAAAAGGUUUCCAGACAAAACAGUGUAUAAAAAACUUAAGUAUAUUAAAAUCACAAAUACAUGACAUGCCUAAACUCUGAACUCUAAAGUUUUCCAUCAUAUGUAAAUUCCCCACAGUCUUCCUCGGGUUAAGAUCUGUUUUAGUGACUCAGGCGUGUUUGUUUUUAAGUGGUGCCCAUGUGCUGAUCGACGGAGACACUGACCUCGGAUAUGUUGAAGAUGGGACGGCCUGCGGGACAGACCGCAUCUGUUUCAACCACAGAUGUCUGCCUGUCCAGCAGUUCAACUUCAGCACCUGCCCCGGGACCACGGACAAGACCAUCUGCUCUGGACACGGGGUACACGCACACAUACAUGACUGUGCACCUGCUUUUACAACUUGUCCAAAGCUGUUGUCAUUCAGUGGAGAGGUAUGGGUUGUACAGACUGAUUACUCUGCUUUGCAACAUUUCUAGACAUUUUGACAAAGUAGUGGUCCCUAAGCAAAGCUGUAAAAGUCUGAGAACUCAGAAUUUCUUCCAGGGGUUCAAAAUUAUUCAUCAAACCUUGAAAAGACACAUUUUCAAAGCCGUUAAACACCCGACUAAAGCACUUUUUAUGUCUUUUAUGUAGACAAGAAGAAAUAUGUUCAUCCGCCUCACAGUACCGACCAUUAGAUUGAGAAAGUUUGUUCAACUCAUAAACCUGACAAAAGGCCUGAGGGAGAAACCGAACAACGACACAGUCUCUUCAAAUAUUUGAGAAACAAAUGAACUGCUUUGCAAGUCUGUCCCCAUUGAAUCGUUUUAGCUUAAAAUUUGCACUGAAAGGUCCUGUAAAGUGGGGCGUGACACCAAAUUCUGGGCCUACACUCUCAAUGUCAGUGGGACCCCUAUCCAUGCCAGUGCAUUACCACGCUUAUGCUGUGAAGAGCCAAUUUUGAGGUGGACUUAAUGCUUAUGAUACCUUUUGAUGAACUAAAAAACCAAAAGAGACAAUAAUUAACAAAAUGUGGCUGCAGUAUGACUGGUGUCUAAUGAACUAGAUGUUGCCAAAAGAGUCUUCAUUUACAAUUUUUACUGCAAAUAUUCUUACACAUUUAUCAGUAAGAAGACAGCAAGAUGAAUGAAAUUCACAGAAAAGCAGGAAAGAGUUCAGAGAUGUUAGUUUGUCCAUCAAACCAAAAGUCAAGGUUUAAAAUCUCUUCUUACAGCAAAGUCAGAAAACUGUUCAUCCUCUCCAAAAGCCUUGGUUUCUUUUAUGCGGGGUGGUGGAGUUGCUUGGCAGUGCCUUAAAACCUCUUCUUUCUCAUGCUGUAGGUGUGCAGUAAUGAGCUGAAGUGUGUGUGUUACCUGGGCUGGGCGGGAGAGGACUGUAACUCCACGUCUCCUCUGAGUUAUCUGGUGGUGGGACCGACUGCCCCAGUCUCAGGUACAGAGACUCUGACUGCUUCUUUUCCUCAUCCAUAACCCUCCUGACCUCACAUUUUCUACAUCUCUUGUCUUUACGCUUCUUUUUUUUCUCCGUGUUUCCUCUAAACAGUUUUUGCCUCCAGCUUCAUCUUUCAGUUCUGCUUUGAUAACCACCAAUCCCAUUCUCAAUGUUGAGAUGUUAACUAUUUGAAGCUUCGAUGUGUUGUGUUUCUUCUUUAUUUUGUCUCUCUGUUUUGGUUCCACGUCUGCACAUUAAAAACCAGCUACAUUUGUAAUCACUGAACCAUGCAUGCGUUCUUUUUGUUUGUCAUUAUUUUCACACUCAUUCUUUGUCGACAGGCCGAUGUCUUUGACGGAGUGACUUGAGGUCAGAUUUGAGUUCCUUUUCGUUGUUUGUCCUGUCUCUGUUGCCGUCAUUUUCCUGCUCCUCUUCCUUUCUCAUCCCAACUUCUCUUCACCUCGAGGGAUUGAUUAUGACAGUGAUUUAUAAGAGUAUAUACUGUACGUUUUUAUUGUUACCCUGAAUGAGAACCAGCUGCUCAUGGGAUACCCUCUCAGUGCAGAGCUGAUGGACCACAGCAGUUUGGUUCUUCUCAUUUUUGUCCCCCUUGUUCUCCUUUUACUCUCUCCCUGCUAAAUGUUGUGUGUUUUUGUGUUCUGCUGCGGUAUUUUGUGGUUAGUGUUUCCCCCUGUGUCCACAUGAUUCACAAAGAACUAGCCCAACAUCCAGUUAACACACAUGUGGCUCCUCUCUCUCUCUCCUAUCUCCUCUGUCUCAGGUAUCACCAGUACCAACAUCAUCAUCGGGGCCAUCGUAGGCUCUAUCCUCUUCCUCGCUCUCAUCAUGGCCGUCACAGCCUGGUGUUACAAGUAAGUGUCACCUGAGCCUGCAUGUGUUAUGUGGACUACUGGGUGUCAGGAGAAUCCAGGGACGCACAGGAAACUAGUCCGACUAGUAUAGAGCUGUAAGAUCAUUCAUGAGAUCAGGGAAAGGACUUCUGUCUCUGAUGAAAUUUGUUUUUCCCAGAAGCUACAAGCAGAGACGUUACGUCGAGUCUGAGGUUCACAGAAGAUUCUGCCGGUUUGCUCACCUUAAUUUUUUACCUGUGCUUUUCAUACAGAGACUGUAAACUUGUAGUUUCUUUAUUAGUUUUUUAUUAGCCUCAGAUUUUAUUACUGUUGCAUUAACCUUCCUCCUGUGUUAGGGUCUGCACCGACCCGUUUUUGUUUUUAAAUGCUUGAAAGAACCACAUAAAUGAGCUUUUUUGCAUCAAGAGUUUUUGACUUUGUCAGGAACCUCUAUUUCGACAAAAUAAUAAAUAAAUAAAUUGACUAAAUUGUAAAAUUUUCUUAUUAAAAUUAUGGCACUUGUCGUGUUAGGGUUGCUGUUGACCUGGUUUGAUUAAUAUCUAAUAAUUAAAGCAAAAACUGAAAUCAUAAGUGCAACACACUGACAGUCAGAUCCUCUUCCAAUCAUGUGAGAUUUAGGAAAUUCUCAUUUUUCCAUGUUUUUUCCCUGCACAAAAAAUGUUGGGCAUGUCCAGACAUGUGAGAUCAACUCAGUUUAGAUGUCUGUAUGAGGGGUACACUGACAAAGAAAGGCCCGGAGCCCCACUACAAAAAAUAUAUGAACAAUAUUUUCAUGGAUAAUGAAGCCUAACAAGGUAACCUAGAGAUGCUAGAGAAUUGUUUUUAGUGUAAUUUACAACUGAUUUAAGACACGGGUCAAAACUGAGCCUUAACAUAGUGGGUGCGUAGUAAAAGCUAACACAGGAGGAAGGUUAAGUCUUUGAUUAUGGUAAAAAAUACAAUCAACAACACAAUUCAAAUUUUAAUAUUAGUAUAUUUAAGUAAAUCAAUAUCAUUUAACUCAUACCAUGAUGUUUCUUUCAGCUUUUCUCUAAUCCAAAAAAAUCUGUUGUGUUUCUAGACAAAUGCCCCCAGGUGACUAUGUUACAAAGCCUGGGGAUGCAGAUUCAUUUUACAGUGACAUGCCCCCUGGAGUCAGCACGAACUCCGGCUGCAGCUCCAAGAAGAGGUCAGCCUGCCUGUCCCACCUGCAGAUUUGCACCCUGUCUUUCACUCCCUCCAUCCCGUCCAUUUCUCAGAACAUCUCUCUGUUUGGCUUCAGGUGUGCCAUCUCAUCAUCAUUAUCACUCAUUCAUUUGCUGCUGUGUGUGGAUGCUCUGUUGUCGAGCUCACUGGUGUGUUUAUGCUCCAUAAUGGUGUGUUCGUGCCAUCGCUUUCACAUAUGGUGAAAGGAUAUCGUACCGCCUCUACAUUUCUCAUAUUGUCACAUCACAUGCAGUCAUCAUGUCAUUGUUUAAUGGCUCACAUUGUUGUCCUCUGCUGCAAAGGUGUCUUCCUGUUUCUAUCCAUCUGUAUCAGCGCUCCCCUUCAUCUCUUCUUGUGCACCAGGACCAGAACAGUGCUUUGCAGAUUUGAAAGACAGAUGAUGCUUUACUGAUGAAUUUCUUUCAAUGCUGUUUGUGUGUGUUUGUUUGUGUGUGCAAAUGUGUAGAUCUAAUGGGCUAUCUCACUCAUGGAGUGAGAGAAUCCCAGAUGCCAAACACAUCUCUGACAUCUGUGAAAACGGUCGACCGAGGAGCAACUCAUGGCAAGGUAAUACAUAAAUCCAGCGCAGUCCUAGAAAAGAGGACAUAGGUUACAUUUUCUGAAGUUGAUUUAAGGGUCUGAAAAAGAUGAACAAGCCGUAUUAUGUUUGAGUCCCACGACUUCUUCUCAUGUCCUGAUAAAUACAUUGAAUUUUAUCUACAUUGUAAGUGGGCCAUAUGUGGCAAGGAGCUUUUUUUUCACUGUAAAUGCGAUGAAGAAAUUUUAGGUUGAAAAUGAAAAUCUUUGAUAGUCAUCCUGAUGGUGCCAGGCUUAUACGAGGUGCCUCAACAAACAGUCUCCAUGCUAGCCAGUUUAGCUCUUUGUGUAAGUAAGACACCAGAGGACAAAACAAAUAUCACAACAGGAUCCUUUAUUUCGAGUAUACAAAGAUUUUUGAUGUAUGUCAAAUGAUGUAUACAUAUGUAUAUAAGCGCCAUACUUCUUCUCACCAUUUUUCUUCAAACCUUGAAAACAUUGAAACUGUUCACUCCAAAAACAUUUUCAACACUGCGUAAAAUCCUAAAAUCUAUGUGUUUGUGUGUUUCCAGGAAAUCUUAGUGGAAACCGUAAGAAACUGAAAGGAAAGAAGUUCCGCGCUCGCUCCAACUCCACAGAGUAAGUUCCUGCUGACAAGUCAGUCAUGUUGAGAGAUCAAUGUAAGUCCAGGAUGGGAUGUGUAGAUGAGAGAAGUAUUGAUGAGAAAAAGACUUAUUCAGCUGAUGUUACUUAUUUUUUUAUUUAAUUUUAAUCAUGUCAACAAAUCCAAUGAAAGACAAAAGAAAACAAAAGUCAGUGUUUAAGUUUUAAACCUGCUACACAUUUCUGUGGUACUGAACCUCAAACAUCUUGGAUCCUACAAAAGAUGUAAAUCAGUAAAAACUGGUACGGCAGGUAGAUCACAGAGAUUGUUACAACAGAAACCAUUAAGCAACGGUUCAAGUCAGUGGGUCCCAACUGUGCUGCUCUUUAUCCACAAUGUUUGAUUUGUUAAUGGAUUCAUAAUUCUUGUAAGAGUGGUCAAUAAGUGCAGUAAAUUCAGUAAUUGUUUUAUGACUUGCUGAGCGAUUGUGUUUCUGGUGAACUCUCUGCAGUUUUCAGGUGCCUGUUGAAUCGGCGCUCACUUUAUUUUGGUGCUAAUGCUAGCUGCGGCUAAAGCUUCUCUGUAUUUCUUCAUUACACCUGAAUUAGGAGAUUUUUUGUGUUUAAACUUGAGGAUUUUUUUUCCUCACACAGUUUGAAAAUUGCAAUUAUGUUUUCCUCAUCUGAAGCAGUAAUAGGUGAACACACAGAUGACACCAUUUCUACUCUCCUCCACUUCGUUGCAGCAAAAAUCAGUACUACUGUCUCCACUGUGUGUAACACUGAAUCGUUGACACCAUCUUAUUGUGUUACACUUCCUCCUGUAUCGGCUUGUUUAAAUGACUUUAUUAUCAGAAUAAUUGAUAAGAAUAAAAAAUAUUGUAAUAAUAGGCCCAUUAUUCAGCUGAAAUCCCUGAUCCAGUACAGUUUAAGUGUUUUUAAAAAAGCUGGAACGGCUGGGUGCUGUUAGUGUGAUAGGAGCUGUUUCCAGAUGAGAGAGUUGCUCAUCACAAGGUAAUAUCCUUACAAAACCUUUACCAUUGCACUUCUCUAUAUCCAGUGGAGCUGCCCCCCUACUCGCCUGACAUUAUAGUAAUUGCUGCCUUUUCAUUCGGUUUGUUGACAGCAAGAAAACGAGGAAAAAAAGUGACAUAAUCUUGAUAUUUAGGGGAAAACACUUUUAUCAAAUGUACUAUCAGAGAGAGAGAGGUUUUCAGGUGCAGGCUCGCUCGCUAGGCAAGUCUCAGUCUAUGAGAUCACAGCUCUCAGUUCUUGUCUAGCUUGUGAGGCUGCAUGCUGCCUUGAAACCCAUUAAAUCAAUGCAUUUGCAUUUUUGCUUGUUGACUGCAAAUGAGCCAUGUGCAUUGGCUGCACCCCAGCCUUGCAUGUGAGUUUGUUAGUUUGUGGGUUUGAAGGUGCUGUCAUUUAGCUCUUCGGUGCAUCUAUUCUCACCGCUAGUAUGAGACUUGCUGAGCGGCGAGAAGCUAACUGCUUGGAAUGAUGUGACAUGUUGCCAAAAUGCAACUGAUCCUGUACCGCACGACACAGUUGUUUGUGAUUUCCAUGGUGCAGUGUUCAUCGGAAACCACACACCACGGGUCUGUCCACCAUCUUCUCACCAUUCUCUCGAUUGCAUCUUGGUGUUUGUUCAGGAUAUCUUUGCUCUGCUCUGCUUUCCUAAAAUAUCUCCUCUUCCUCUCUUUCCCCUCCUACACCUGCUUUUUUUCUGGAGAUUUUGUGUCCUUUUCUAUUUCCUUUCCUUCUUCCUUCCUUUUCUCUCUUCUCCCCCUCCUUGUGUUGUGUCCAUCACCCCCCUCCCCCUCCCACAGGUAUUUAACCCCUCGAUCCAAAACAGAGUUUUAUGAUGUAACUAAAUGGGUAGAAGAUGUGAAUAGAAACACUCAAGGACCUUACCUUAGGUAUUACCUCAGAUCAUGUCCUGUACCCCACACGCUUGUCUUUAAAACCCUCACUUUUGGUUUCAUUUUUGGCAUAGCUAAAGACACUUACAGUUAGCUUUAAUCUGAGCUAUUUCAUACAAACAUUUAAAAGCUUCAUGGCAGAGAAAGUAAAUAAACAACUGGCAUGAUGGGACUCAGAGUUCCUGAAAGGGGUUAACUGAUGAGCAUUAUAGGAUGUACUUUAAAUUGAUUCUGCUUUAAGUUUAAGUACAUUGUCUUUGUAUUAUUAUCUCACUUUUUGUUUGAGUGAGGACUUCUCUUUUUGAUCAGCUGCACUUUACUUUGCAGUAUUUCAUUUGCAGCACAUCAUUCUUCUGUAACUCAUUGCAAACAAAAACCGGCUCUUACUGCCUUUGCUAGAUUUAUAAUCACAAGUUAUGAUUCCCUUUAAUUUUCUCCUUGGCUUCUACCCCUCAGUCUGUCGUUCCCCCAGCAUGUUGUGUGUCGUGUCUGUGUUGACCUCGCCUCGCUCACAGUGGCCUCACAAACGUCCACAUCAUUGUGACGUCACUGCUGCCCAAUUUUUUUUAUAACCCUGCGCUGACAAUAUCACUGUGCUGCUGAGACAAAACUGUAAACCACCACUCUGAUAGUGUCCGAGCUCUGUAGACGAACUCAAGCUGUAAGGAUUCCUGUUUAUCAAGGAGGAAGUUUAUGGUCUCACACAUACUGCCUGUCAAUCAGCACUGUGAUCUGUGGACUUUCACUGUAUCCAAGACCUCACUUUUCCCCUCCUCUAUUAUUAGUCUGAAGGUAAAACAGGUCCAAAGAGUGGAGAGAUGUGUGGAAUGACAUCUGUGAGCCCUGCUACCAGAGCUUACAUAACAUUUAAAUAUCUCCUUGAAAAUCAAAAAUAAACAUCAGUUCAUUAUUCCCAUCAAUUACAUGUGCUUGAAGCAGUCCUAGUUAAACAGCCUAUACCAAAAAGAUUGAUACAGGACUGCGCAAAAUCGAUUCUUCGAGACUUCUUUAAGUUAAAGGCAUGGUUGACGAUCUGAGAGGCAGUUGAAAAAACAGAGCCAUUGAGGCAGAUUUGAAAAAAGCGUCCCACCCCCCACACACAAACCUCCCCCCUUUGUGCUCCGCGAUUCCACGAUAACUUCCCGCUGAACCUGGCUUGCAGAGCAAGAAGCCAGCCGGCAGAAGAUACUAUGCUAGCGUAAAACAGGAUUCACCAUGUCGGAUUAUUAGUGACUAGCAGCAGUAAUCGCCAGCUCUGCUAGGGAGCACCAUCUGUUGACAUUUCAGAGACUAAUAAGAGUUAUUUAUAUAACAUGUGCCACGAUAAAAGGAAAAAAUUACCUGUUCAACAAAAACUCUGUUGUCUUGGCGUCUGUUUUCAGGCCCAAAUCCUGGUGGAGCUUUCUCCACCGCUCGAAGGAUGACCUGAUGUUUAUUCAAGUUAGAUUUCCUCUCUUGGUCACAUUUCCUCUUCGACUAGUGUUUUCUUCCCACUUUUGGUGGUGGGUCAAGCAGAAGUGUUUUUUGCGUCCUUAUCCAUCACAUCUCCUGUAGCUAAGCUGCUAUGCUACUUUUACCCGCUCAGAGCUCCAUGGAGGGCCUGGAGAGUGGGAGGGGACGAGUCGGAAACACGCAAGAGGGGUGUGUCAAAUACGGCGAGGUGAUUGGAUGGAGAGGCGGAGCAGGAGAUUGACCAAUCGGAGCUGUCGGGGACGGAUGGCUCCCAUUGGUCAGUGUUUUUGCAGCCCUGCACCUGCUAGGGUGAACAGAUUUUUUUCUUAUUUUUUUUCUCUUCACUUUGUGGAGAUCGCACGAUAUGUCCAUGAUCGCUACAUAAACGAGGUUUAUAAUAAUUACCAAUCUCUCCAAUCGUCAACCAUGUCUUUAAUAACCACCCAGCUUAAAAACUCUUGUGCUAAUAGAAGCUGUUUUUGACAUUUCUUACAUGCUUGGCAUUAGCAUGUUCAUUUUCAGCUUCUUAGUUUAUAAUUCUAGCUUGUAAAUUAGCACUUACGACAAGUUAUGCAGUUGUUUCAUUUUCUUCGGCACCAUUGAAGGAAUAUUAAUAUCAUGAUAAAUAGAGGAAAAAAAGUUCAAGAGGGAGAAAUAAACUUUUGGAACCAUUUGUUAUCAGCUUCCCCACUCUCUCCAUGACUUUGACAAUCCUUGAUGGGUCUGAUCACCAUGCAGCAGCGGUGUAAACAAGCUGCCACGCAGGGGACGGGCUUUCAAUGGCUGUUCCACUGAUUAGAUCCUCUUCCUCUGUUCCUCUCGGUCUGUUGUUCUCACUCAGCUCCGUUCCGGUUUGGUCUGCCGUCACAGUCGCCUCAUCACGCUCACUGCUCCCAGCAUACCUCAUCUAAACACACUAUUUUUCUAAAAGAUGAGUGGCUCAGCCGGAAGCAGAGGUUACCUCUACCAGGAUGUUUUUGCUAAAGUGGAUUUCUGCUUCGUCCGGCAAGUUUUGUGAUGGAGCCCAAUGAUGGAGGAAAUAUGCUGUGGCAUAGUGGAGUGUGUUAGUUUCAGGAGACUAGGACCAAGUCCACACUGCAUCUGGAACUGUGUACCCCUGUUUACAGAGGUUGCUCCUAAAAGCUGAGCUAGUUACACAUUCAGUUUUAACAUAUGACAUGAUCUGUCUGCAUCUUUGCUGUGGAUGCACACUAAUCAAAGCUGUUAUGACCAACCUCUUUCUGUAGGACGGUUUAAUUAUUAGAUAAUCAGCUCAGUGAAUAGAGGAUGUUGCCCAAAGUCACAGAUCUAGAUCCAACCAAUCUGUAACUUUGGCCAACUUCGUCUUUAACCAACCAAAGCAGAGGAGAUGGCGCGUAACUGAUUUCACAUCUUUUUUUUAAGGACACUAUCCCCUGCCAAGUCGCCAACUUCCUCUACAGGAUCCAUUGCGUCCAGCAGGAGAUACCCGUACCCCAUGCCCCCCCUCCCUGACGACCAGAGGAAAGGCAACAGGCAGAGUGCCAGGGCAAGUAUUGAUCAGGAGCAUUUCAAAGCAGAGUUGUCUGAGCUGCUAUGAAUUAAACCCAACCUUGAGAUGUGAUUGUUGACAGAGAAGAGAAGGAAGACAAAAUCUGCAAAAUUUGAUAACAUCUAAAGUUUUUUUUUUUACACUCACAUUAGUCCGUCUUUUCUGUAAAUGAACUUUUUACUGUUUUUUCUAUCAAGAUGAUCAUACAGUGGUCAAGAACUGCCACUGCUGCAAAUAAAAAAAGAAACGGUGCAGAUAAAAAAAAAAAAGCCAAGAGGCAAUGCCAAAAAAAAAAAAAAAGUUACUUACUGAGAAAAUAAAAGGAUGCAAAAAAAUAAUAAUUCUGCCGGGGACCAAUAAUGAUGAUGCACUGGUGUUUUACGAUCCAGGCACAGAAAACGACGGUGAGAAGAUGAGCAAAGAAGUUAGUGGAAAGGUUAUUGUUUAAUUUUGCUCCAUAAACUUUUCAAUGUGUCGUUUGGUUAGGUCAUGUUGCGCCUGAGUCGAUAUGAAGUUGAACUGAAUUUAACACUACACCGGCAUCCUCCAGUUCAACUUCAUAUCGACUCAGGCGCUACAUGGCCUAAACAAAUGACACAAUGAAAAGUUUACAAAGCAAAAUUAAACAAUAACCUUUCCACUAACUUUUUUGCUCGUCUUCCUGCAUCAUCUUCUGUGCCUAGAUCGAAAAACAUCUGUGCAUCAUCAUUAUUGGUCCCUGACAGCUCACUUCCAUUAUAGAUUUUUUUUAUUUGCAUCCUUUUAUUUUUUGCAAUAAGUAACUUUUUUUUUCCAUCGCCACUUUUUUUUGCGUCGUUAACUUCCAUUGUGGCUUGUUUUUUUUUUUUGCAUCGGACUUUACUUUUGUUUGCAUCAGUAACUUUUUUGGGACUUCUUUUUUUAUUUGCAGCCGUGGCAGUUCUUGGCCACCGUAUUAUCACUUUAUCAAAUGCUGCAAUUUUGAGGUAAUAAAUGUUGGUGGUAAAAUGGCAAAAAACCAAGGCAGCACUGAACAUUAAUGCCCGAUAUGUCAUGGCAUAAAGUCUCUGUGUCUUGUGUUGACCUACGUUUGUGUUUGGAGAUUUAGAGAUUAACCCUGCUCUUCCAACCUCUUUUCUUUUCUUUCCUCAGCUGUGGGAAACUUCAAUAUAAUGCUUGGUGCCCGCUCUGCAAAAGACCUUAAGGAACUGCUCUUGCGUCUCCUUUUCUGUGAAUGA